AUGGGCAAUUCCGUGAAAAAAGGAAAAGCUGUUUUUGUGGAACCCACACAGGUUAAAAGCCUACAACUUUACAAAGCAGGUAAGACUAUCACUGAGCGACGGUGACACUGUAUCCAUGUAUUAUAACAAUAUCAAUUCUAUUAUAAACUGUGGGGAUUGAAUCAUAUGAGGGAGGUUAUGGUGUCUGUGGAUAUUAUUAUCACUGGACAUGCAAAAACACUCAAUUACGUUUUAAGGAUUUUCUGAAGUAUUUUCCCUGUAACCAAAUUUUUCUGCGUAUUCGUCUUAAAAAAAAUAAAUAAAAAUUCAUGAUGUUUGCUGUCAAACUGCGUCUGCGUAUAAUUGGUCCCUGUCCUUAACAGUCUGUAAAAACUAGUUCGAGAAUUUAAUACUGAUUAAAUGAAAAACUCCAGGCACCAUAACUACUGCAGCGCACUGCACCGCAGGGCUUGUCUCAGACGGAGAGCUCCCUGUUGGACGUAGUACUGCGGGGAGCGGUGCUUGGUUCUAAAAUGGCUUGAAUGCUUACAAUGGGGGACACGUGGCAUCAUAACCAUUACAGUGUGCUGUAGUGGUUAUGGUGAUUGGGGUGUUGCUUUAAUUUUUAUUAACCAGCAGUCUUAGUCUAUCAAAAUAGAUAUUUUCAUUUAGCAAACAGAACACAAAAUGGGAUGGUCACAAAUAAAGAAUGUUAUGUGUAGUUUAUUCAGUAAAAUUCUAAUUGUUGUGAAUUAAAUUGAAAAGGCAAAAUUAAGGCUAAAAUUUCAAAGCUGCGACUACAGCUGAUAUGGAGAAUUUGUCCAUAUCAGCUACUUAUCAGAUACUUUUUUUCAUAUCAGCCACAGUUCUGGGUUUUCGUUAACUCCAGUCCGAGUGCAGUGAAUAAGCUCUUGCAUUCUAGGGCUGUGAUUAUACAAUGCUUUACUGUCAGACGUGUGUUGGAUUUUUUUUUUUUUAGCAAUAAAAGACAAAUCUAAUCAGAAUUUUGCUCAAUAAUUUUUGUAAAUGUCAUUGCCUGCUUUCUGUAUUCACUGUUGCUUGAAUCAGACAACCACAAUUUAAAUGCUAAUAUAAUAGUAAACAAAAUAUCUCUUUUGCAUUCAGCCCAGACUUAGAGAAAUAAAACGAUCUUUUGUUCUUUUGAUACGUGUGAUGUAAGUUCGGUUAUAGAAAACUGUUUGUUGCUUUCUGUAUUACACAUACAAAUUGUUGAAAUUUGAACUUACAGCCUUUCGCGAAACACAUUGCCGUAGUGUCGCACCUACAAAAAUUCAUGUUUACGUCUGAGUAGAAAUAACUUGAAAAUCAAAUAGUAUUCAUCUUCAAUUGUACAGUGAUUUCAAAUUUAAUAGGCCUUGGCAAUAAUAACAAAGAAAAACAGAGCUCUUGUAAUUAUUCUUAGUUUUCCCCAUGUCUGGAUUUGCCAAUCGGCACCUGUCUACUAGGGAAGACAUAACUACACAGCGGUACUGCUGCAUCAUUAACAGCAAAUGUAAUGAUUUCACUUUAAAGAGAAAAGAAUAUCCCCUUGCUCUGUGUAACCCAAAUUCCUAGCAAACUAAUAGAAUUACACUUUAAUCUAACAAUUUCUGUGAAUACUUAUAUGUUGUUCACAUGGUAAAAGUGUAAAUGAGCAUCGCACUUUGAUCUACACCUUUAUUAAUUCAUAUUAAAAAUGCAACAAAAUAAUAAAAGUAAAAAAAAAACCCAUAAAACAUUAAACACAAUGUCUAGUCUGAAUGUCCGUUUUGGAGCAAAUUCCAAGGCUAUGCACAUUCUAUAGUGGUGUCUGUUGAAAUCAGGAAGAAAUAGAGAUCUGAUGACACAAAACUCUGUAACGUAGUACAAUGUGAGCAGGCUAUUGCAUUGCUACAGAGGGUUUUAGAUAGAAUGGGGAUUGAUCACUCAAACGAAAUAUGAAAUUUAACGUAGAGAAAUGCAAAGUUAUGCACGUUAGGUUAAAAAAUACACAGACAACUUGCAUCCUAAAAUGGUAGUGAAUUAGGGAUAACCUAACACACGAGAAGGUUUUUGGAAUUUUAUAGACAACAAACUAGGCAACAAUGUGCACUGUUAAUCAGCAGUGGCUAAUGCUAGUUAAGUAUUGUCAUCUAUAAAAAGUGGGAUUAAUUAUCAGAAUGGGAAUAUAAUUUUGCCUCUUUAUUAAUCACUUAUGAGACCGCAUCUUUAAUAUGCUUUGCAAUUUUGGGAAUCUGUUCUAAAAAAGGAUAUUAUGGCAUUAGAAAAAGUGCAAAGACGGGCUACAAAAUUUAUAACAGGAAUGGAACAUUAUAGCUACGAAGAAAGGUUAACAAAUUUAAACCUCUUUAGUUUAAAAAAAACGGUGCCUCAGAGGUAUAUGAUAGCAUUAUACAAAUAUAUUUGGGACCAAUACAAACCAUUUUCUGUAAAUCUAUUCAUAAACAGGACUAUACAUAGGACACAAGGUCACACAUUUAAACUGGAAGAAAGGAGAUUUAGUCUAAGUCAAAGGAAAGUUUUUAUUUUUUUUACAGUAAACACAAUAAGGAUGUGGAAUUCUCUGCCUUAAUAAGUUUGUUGCAAAAUUUGGAUUGCUACACACUGUUUUCUUUUUUUGUCUGCUUUUGGAUCAACAGUAAAAACAAGUGGGAGAAAGGCUGGACUUGAUGGACACCUGACUCUUUUCAGCCUGUGUAACUAUUCUUAACUCUCCCCAUAUACAGAAAAACACACACACAUGGGGCUUAAGCUCUUCCUAGGAAGAAAUAUAAAUACACAUCAUAGUUAAGUACUAUUAAUUUUUAUAUUGUGCCACAGCUGUAGAUUACACUCAAGGGAUUUCAAUAAUCAAAUGCCUCCAAACGCAGUUUCUCAGUAAGUUUCAAGCACACCUCCCCCAUUUGCGUUGUCCACAGCAAUGCUCUAGGGACACUGGUGUAGGUUAUAAAAUAAUGUAUUCUAAUAGUGUAUAUAAAAAAAGCAACAUAAAGGCCCUACGCGUUUCAUCCAGUUGCCUUGGACUUCCUCAGGGACCAUUCACACUUAAAGCAUAUAAAAAUAUAAUAGAUACCACAAACAAAUGCAGACACAUUGGUAUUUAUUAUAUGUUUUAGAUGUUUUAUGAGACCAUCUGAUUGGCACAGUGUGGCAUUUUGCCACCCAUGAACAACAGCCUCCCAAUUCAUUCCUUUAGCAUAGAUUAAUGAUCUCAGCCCAGGAGUUGGGUCUGGCCUCAGAAAGAGCAGCGCAGCGUUGGAUUAAAGUUAAGUAAAAUACCUUUUAACACUAAACGGUGAGUAGGACACCUAGCGCUAUAGUGUUCCUUUAACUUCAUGGAGGUAAUUAUUAUUUUUUUAAUGUAAUAUGUAAUAUUUACUAAUAACUUCUAAAUGGAAGUUACAUGUUGCGUACAAUGGCUAAAUUUCAAAUAUAAGCAUAUUUUUUUUUCAUUCUACUUAGAAUUGUCUCGUAGAACAAUUCCUCAAAAGCCUUGCAGCUGAAAGACAUUGAUAAGAAAAAAUCCUUAGUAAUUAUUCAAAGGUCGUCUUUGUGACUGAGGCAUUAUCAAUGCCUUAUCAAUAAAGUGGGGUUUAUUGCAGAUACCUCUAUCUGUUUUUCUUAAGGUGACAUCACACAUCAGGUGCCCAAACUAUUUCUACACAUGAAUCAGAAAAGGUUGCACAGUGUGUGUAGAUAUAUUAAGAAAUUAAAAAAGUGGCUUGAAGCCCAUCUUAAAAACUCAUUGCAGUAGGAAAGAUGAAUAAGACAUAAAUCGGGAUAGAGGUAUUUAUAGUGAAUAUGAUUAUAGCGGUGCUUGUCUGUAUUGAUUCUGAAUGGUGUUAUAAUGUGAUCUGGAUUUCUAAGGAAUGCCAGAGAAAGUGGCUUUAUAAAUAGUAGCAUUUAGGAGAAUUACGUUAUCAUCAGAAGUAUUAAUGUAGAAAUGGAGGAAAAGGAGAGUGAAAUGUAAUACUAUUGGAGGAUUACGUGGCUCAGAAAUGUUUUGGCACUAGAGGUGGAAAGUGAUAUUAUCAUAGUUAGGUCCAAGAGAGGUAGAACAUGAAAUAUGAACCUGACUCAGACGUUUUAGGGCAUAAAAUAUUUUUAGCAUGAUAUUCUUGAUCUGAGUAGAUAUUAUACCACUCUUGUUCAGAUCAGGCAUCAUUGGAGGCUAACUAUCUCCCCAUCUCACCUUUCUUGAUGGCCACUCUGUACCUUCCUGAGCAGCUAGUAUGCCCCAUGUGUAGCCACCAUUUUCCCUCCAUCAUCAUUCAUACCCACUUUCUCAGAACCCCUCUUGCUUCCUUUCUUUAACACUCACCAUCCUGCCCCUCUCUUAACACCCCCAUGGCCCCAACCUCAGCACCCACCAUGCCUUCCCUCCCUCCACAUCCACCAUGCCUCUGCCGCUCCCAGUAUCAUUAGAUUAUUCCUUGGAGAGUGGAUUUUCUUUGGCCUCAUGCCAAAAUAUUUUUUUUAGGCAACUAGCAACACCCUUGGUAGCUAAAAUUCAAACAAUACAAUAUUUAGAUCAUCAGUACAAUGAACAGGGUGCAUAUUAUGCGAUUUUGCUACCAAGUAAAUACUUUGUAGGGCUCAUAUUCCCUUGUCUGAUCAGCACACACUAUGUUAUUAAUAUGACUCUGUUUUUUCCCUGUAACAGUCCGUGAAAUAAUUUGCGAGUAGUACUGUUUAAUGUACAUAAUAAUAAAAUCUCUCGGUAGCUGCUUAGCUUACUCUAUUAAGGACUGACAGCAGUGAUAGUACAACUCCCAGCGCUGUCUUGUUCAAUGGCAAUGAUUCUAUGCUGUGACAUGCAGAUAUUAAUGCCAUCAAUUAUUUAAAAUGUAGGAGAAGAUUGUGUAACACUGCACGGUAUUGCUGAGUUGUAUGUAAGAUGACACACAGGGGUUUAUUCUUGAAACCAUUAAUAGCACUAAACUGAAUUCCAACAUUUAGGUCAAAAUAGAUCCUUUGGUUUUCAAUUCAUUAGAAUUCUCUGUUUAUGGAAAAAACUGCAACGUGAUGUUUAGUGAAUGUUUCACGACACAAUGCGUGAUUAGGAGAGUUUACAGACCUAAAGCAUUUAAAGGAAUACUCCAAUCAUUACUCAAUCACCAUGAUCCUCUAUGGGGAGCAAUGGAUUGGACCAUGGCCAAGAGGUCAUUCCUCCUCGAUGACUUUGCAGGAGGUGGAACGAAAAGCAAGUAAGGAAAAAGGUAAGUACUGUAAAUUCAAUGCAUCUCUAUAAGGAGAUGCUGAUUGGUGCAGCACAAUGUUUAACCGCGCAUGCUCAAUAGCCUCCCGUAGGAAAUGAUUGGAUUGAGAUUGUCAAAUUUGAUGAUCUCAAUCAUGAAGGUGGAGCAAGGAAUGGCCAGUCAUGGCAAGACCAGCAUGGCGUGAGAAAAGAGGUGAAUAGAAACACCCUUUAUUGCUUCAUGCGAUACUCUGUUUUCUUUUAUAUGUGUAUUAAAGGAACACUAGAGCGUUAGAAAUACAGACCUGUAUUCAUAACAUUAUGGUGCCUCUGUCCCCUUCUUGUGUGUUAAACAAAUAUUAACAAAAUAAAGGUUUUACUUACCAUUUUACAGAAUCAUGGCUCUCGCAAUAUUUUAGUUGAGGCAUGAUCUUCUUCAGCAAUUGUCCAAUCCUUUGCUUAUCAUUGAAGAGCAUUGGGGCCUGAUGCGAAUGUACAGCGAGUGCCACAUACACAAUACAUUGAGAAGCACUUGGUCAGAACAGAGAAAGUGCCCCCUAGUGGCUGUCUGGGAGACUGCCACUAGAGGUGUGUUUAACUCUGCAAUUUAAACAGCGCUGUUUCUACAAAACUGUAAUGUUCUAUAUUGCAGGGUUAAAAUGACAGAACCACUGCACCCAGACCAAUUCAUUGAGAUGAAAUGGUCUGGGUGACUUUAGCGGUAAAUUUGAUUUAGCAAUUGAUAUCAGAUUUGGGUUGAGUCUAUGCAUAGCCAAGGCACACAUUGCAAAUAAGAAGGAGAAAUUUAAAUUUUUUUUUUUUAAAUUCUGUAUUUCAUCAUACUAUGUUCAAUGACUGAAAAGAGCUGAGCUAAUAAUAAGGAUUGACAGGGAUCCAAGAUGGAGGCACUUUGUUUGAGGAGAAAAGUUAGGUGAAUUAAGCAAUAAGGAUUUCUACAUUUCAUUUUAUAUUUAAGAACUCACAAACACAUAUUUAUUAAACAGGUUCUGGAGAUUCAAUAAGAAGCUAAAAAGAUAAAGUCUUGCAAGAAGUUUAACUCCCAUUCGUUUCGGGUCACCUUGACCAUUACUAUGAUGUCAUGUAGCCAACUGCAUGGCCAACAUAAACGGGCCCUAUAGUCACCAUAACCAUUUCAUCUCAUUGAUAUAGUUAUAGAGCCUGGAGUUCCCUGGCAAUGUGCCUCUAGUUAGUGUUAAACCAUUUUCUACCAGUUUGCAUUGAAUGAGGGUGUGUGGUUUCCCAUCGCACCACCAUUACAGUAGGAGAUAGCACACUUUCUUCUACUCAUACCGAUCCAUACCUGCAAUGGCACUAUGAGAGGCUGAAUGCUGUCAGCUGGCACUCUCCGCACCCGCCCAAACCGAUCGGCACCAUGCUGAAAAAAAUGAGACAGUGCAAGACAGAUCUAGGAGAUCUUUUGAUCUCCCUACCAGUUUGUGCAGCAGCCUGGCACUCAGAUGCAUUAGUGUGUACCUGGGCACAACCAACACAUCCGAUGAGCAUGCCUAUGGUUGUUGCAAUGAGGGCUUUUUUAAUUAAACAAAGUCCAAGCAAGGUUUCUAAGAGGAGCAGGAAAAAGCAAUGUAAGAUGGUGUAAGGUCAGGGCAGGAUCAAUGUAACCAUGUCCAAGUAACCAGGAGAUCCAAUGAUGUUGAGAAGAGGGUAGGACCAAGGAAGCAGGUCUCUUUGUCAGAAAAAGCACGAACAUGCCAGGUAACUUUAGCCAAAGCUAACCAAGCUCUGGAUUGAGCUUGCUCAGAGCUCUUAUUCACAAGACUCUAUAAAUGAUGUCGGGUGCAGCAGGUCGAUUUAACUAAUACUUGCAGCAGAGAUUGAUUUCAGAACUCCAACCCCAGAAGCAUGGACAGCCACAGCGAGCUGGUGGUGGGGAGCAGGUAAGGGACUUUCCAUAGGCCUUUGUGACAGAGUGAGAAUGUAGCUGUUGGAAGGAGAGAGGUCUCUUACAGGAGGCACAUUUCCCAGCGUUGUCAGUAGUCCACCAGGAUAAGACAAUCAAAGUCUAAGAGUCCCUGCACAGAACAAAGAUCAGUAUCUAUGUGCAAAUUCCACAGAGGACAUGCCUAGUCCACCACAACUUGUAGGAGUGAUGGUGGAUAGUAUGGAGUGUGGCUUUCUGAGGGGGGCAUGGACGAUCUAUGAGAGUGAUGACAAGCUUAGAGGAGUUGAAAUCCACCCAACAACCCCUUCUUGCAAGAGUUGUCCAAAGGAUGAGAGGGAUAUCUGUGGUGGCUUGUUUUUAAUAAAAGUCCUGAGUUCACAAGUGCCUUAAAGCAGCCCUUUGAACAACACUUGGGAUUUAUUCAUCCUGAUAUGAUUAUUUUAUAACAUGUGACCAUAAUAAAAGAGAAAAGAUUAGUUAUUUCAACACUCAGAUUUACCUAGAUUAGAUAAAAUGUAACCUUUAGUAGAAGUUAUUAAAGCCGAACAGGUAUUAUGAAUAUAUUCAUGUACAGUAAUUACUGAUUAGAAAUUGGAAAAUAGAAUUUAAGUAGAUUAGUAGAGCAUAGAGAAAGUGCCUAUUCAAAGUACUUUAAAGAUAAUAUAUAUGAAAUAUACUGGACUGUUCUGAAGGGCCUUCAAUUCAGGUAAAAUUCAAUAUAUAUACUAAUAGAUGAAUUUAAAACAAACUAAUGCAAAUUAUACCAAAUAUAGGGCUAGAUUAGUUAGUUCAGAAUUUUCAGUUAACUCAGUGGUAUUUCAGUGGAAUUCAGUAUCACAUAAAGAACUGUGUAUUUUGUUGAGUUAUCCCCCAACGUUAUUGACUUAUUGACUUAUUUCCUUUUUUAUUCUAGCAAUUGAAAACCAGCACAUUAAAUCCCCGGAGAUAACCAGAUUCAGAAUGGAGGAAGAUAUGGAUAGUGAGUGGAAACGUAAUCAGGAGAAAACUGUUCUGAGAAUGAAACUGGAGGAGUACAUUGGUAACAGUGAUGUUGUCGUGUUCAGCAAGACAACAUGUGGAAAGUGCACAAAAGUAUGUUCAGAAUGUUUGUCUCUUUGCUCACAGAAUCAGUGAUUGAUUAACAUUUUUGUAUUAAAGUGACACUGUCACGCUGAACUUACCUUUCUCCUAUUGUUUCCUCUUCUUUUCCUCUCUCAAAAUCUGUUCUUCUUUUCCAUUAAGCCCGUUGAACUAAUAAAAAAAAUAAAAAUAAUAAUAUCGCAAAAAAACAAAAACCCAGUUACACUGACCCCCCACAGAGUGAGGGGCGAGAUGGAGGGAGUUAGGAAGUGUAAUAAAUUAAACAAAUUAACAAAGACCAUAUUGGAAUUCAGUCUUGGUUCGUUCUUUGUAAUUUCUAUUCAUUCAUGCUACUUUCUGGUGAGUGAAUGAAUAGUUGAAAUUCCCAUCCACAUUUUCAUCAAUAGCGAAUGCUAGUGUUCAGUUGGGGGAGGCGGGUUAAAAAAAAAUGGAUGCUGCCAUAACAGUGCCACUUUAAAGAGUAUUUAUUUUUAAGGGACACUACAUGCUUCCACAUAUUACCUGCAGUUUGUGUGAGGUAAUGCAGCUCACCCUGUGCAAAUGGCUUCAUGGCUUCAUUAAUGUUUUUUGUGAAAAAAAAUAACGUCAGUCUGCAUAGCUUUCAAUAGAAAAUUGACAGGUAGCCUUGUAGUUCUUACUAAACCACUUUUGUGCCCUUAAAUAAACCACUUUAAAAGCUUCAACUUGAAACAGCUCAGUUAUACCAUUUGCUGUUACAUUAGGUGCCUCAUUCAUAUGACAAUAGUAGCAUCAUUAAACCAGCACAACCUUUCUACUGGUGUAUGGAGGCCUUUUGUCCCAUGCCCUACCCACUCCUUCUUACCCCUCUUCUUCUUUUCUAAACCAAGGGCAGAUAAUGUAAUUUUCCAUUUAAGUGUUCCAUGUUCUGUUCGUACCCAUUUUUUGUUAUGUAAACUGAUGUUCUUGCAAUUUAAUAUGAGCAGCUCUGCCUGCUGAAUUAUUGCAUUAUUCUAAAACAAAUUUGAAUAACAAAUGUUCAAACAGUGCCCCCCAAAAAGCCACCACUGAAUAGAGACGCAAGCUACAGUAGUGUACCCCACUCUGUACAUUUAAUAGGAUUUAGGUUUAAAGGGGCUGAGGGUUAGGAUGUGUUUAUGGUAAGAGAGUUUUAGGAUUAAGGGUAAUUUAUUGGGAUUAAUUUAAAUCCCCUAAAUCUCGCUAAUAUUAAUCCAGCCAUAAACUGCUGCUUAACCCUAAGAGGCUACCUCAACCAAAUAUUACUGUCACCAUACCUCUGUGGUGUCCUUUUCAAAGUUGCCCUUUUUUUGCAACAGAUACAGCACAAAGUCACUCUAUCCAUUGAGGACAUUUUAAGAGUGCCUAUUUUAUCAAUGGUAUUUUAAGUGUAUACGUCCAUAAACUGUGACUGUUAAAACGGAAUGAACAGUAUCUGUACAGUGUACUGUAUCUUUUUAAAAUUAAUAUUUUUUAAACUAUUUUUUGGCAUAUUUUAAAUCUAUUAACUAUAUAAUGCAUUAAAAAAUGGAAGCCUUUCUCUAAUUUGAGGAGUGUGUCCAUACCAUUUGCAGAUUCCAUUUUCUGUCAUUACUCCCUUAAUUUGAUUUAAACUUUAUCAAACCUUUUGAUGGCUUCCCCAUGCUAACUAGACACCUUCAAAUAUUAUAUACUCUUUGGUGGUUCCAUGAUCAACAUGUUGUCUCCUUGACCAAGUAUUAAAGAAUGAUAUGCUUUGUCUGAUCUUGUGCUUAGUGAGUCCAGUACUUGACACCUUGGACUAUCUGUGAUAGUGUCAAUACACUCUUACUCUGCAUAAAGAAUAACGCACAUAAUAGGUUCACAAAUAGUAUUGAUGAAGACUCUAUGAAUGGAUGGGUUGGGAUAAAAAUUAAGCUUUAACUUUUCAUAGAAAAGCAGCCCAACUUCAAGAUUCAAGAACGAGGCAUAGGAUAUUAUGGAUAGCGAUUUAAUAUAAGGGGAAUUACAGUUAUUGAGUUUAGAAUUAGGAGGAUUAGGGUUAGAGCUUCAGGUAUAUUCUUCGAAUACUAACCCCAAUUUUCCUGUUCUAAACACGUUUAGGUUUAGUAGCAUUAAAAGAUAUGGUUAGAACAAAGUUUGUUUCAGGGUUAAGGGACUUGAGGAAUAUGCACCCAGACCACUUCAAUGAGCUGAAGUGAUCUGGGUGCCUAUAUUGUCCCUUUAAGUUUCGGGUAAGGUGAAAUAGUUUUUAAGGUUUAGGAAAGUGGAGUUACAGUUAAAAAUACGAGGUUUCAGGGUUCUGGAUUAAGAGAAUUUAUUUCACGGAUGUUUAGCCUAGGUCUGGCUCAGAACCAUUCUCCCUUCAUGGUUCUCCAUGUUCUUUCUCCUAGGAUGACCAGACAGCAAUGUGAUAUAGAUCUAGCAGGCCAUGAUCUCCUCUGUCAGGUCUCUUUCAUUACUCUGUUUCAGUGUCUAGGUUCUAUGCAAUAUUGGGGUAUGACAUAACUGUGCUAUGCCACCUAGCCAUGCUACACCAACAGCAACACCAAAAUAUAUGUUGUCAGCUACGCGGGCACUACGAGAGAUAGAAGUAAAUGGCAAUGUUGAUCAGGAAGAUACUUUCUCUCUCCAGUUGGCUGCUAGCUCAUGAUGACCAUGGCACAAUAUGAAAUUUGCUUGGUCUGCCCAGUCCAGUUCUGGCUCCCCAAUAUAGUCUACCCACCUGCCAUAUCACUUUGCCAGCAUCGACACGUAGAUAAGUCUCUACAUGUCAAUGAACAGUGAGGAGAUGGUGAGAUUAGUUUUUUAGAUAGAUAAACUCUACCCACCUGGCAAUUCACAAUUCUAGUACAUUUCACCUGCAUGUUAUAUCUUGUUUAAAUGUCUAAUUAAAAUCAAUAAUGUCGUUCAUAUAAGUAGGAGUGCUCAGCUGUAAUAUUGAGCAUUAAAGGACCACUCUAGGCACCCAGACCACUUCAGCUUAAUGAAGUGGUCUGGGUGCCAGGUCCAGCUAGGGUUAACCCAUUUUUUCAUAAACAUAGCAGUUUCAGAGAAACUGCUAUGUUUGUGAAUGGGUUAAGCCUUUCCCUAUUUCCUCUAGUGGCUGUCUCAUUGACAGCCACUAGAGGCGCUUGCGUGCUUCUCACUGUGAUUUUCACAGUGAGAGCAUGCCAGCGUCCAUAGGAAAGCAUUGUAAAUGCUUUCCUAUGAGACCGGCUGAAUGCACGCGCAGCUCUUGCCGCGCGUGCGCAUUCAGCCGGCGGGGCGUAAAGGAGGCGGAGAGGAGGCAGAGAGCUCUCCGCCCAGCGCUGGAAAAAGGUAAGUUUUUACCCCUUUCCCCCUUCCAGAGCCGGGUGGGAGGGGGUCCCUGAGGGUGGGGGCACCCUCAGGGCACUAUAGAACCAGGAAAACCAGUAUGUUUUCCUGGCACUAUAGUGGUCCUUUAAGAAUUAUGAGCUUUGCAAAUUCAUCUUGACAAUGAUGAUGACUGGAUUAUGAUUGAGCAGUUGUUCAUAAGAUUAGCGGAAGACCCACAACUGUGUUAAAGAAAAUGAAAUGACAGCUGACUGAAGUAGAAAAUUGAAUUAAAGGGAACCUGUAGUAUUGAAAAUAACAAUUAAUUUAUCCAAACUAUAAGUUCCCUUCUACUCUUGUGACUUCUGCCCCUUUCGCUGGCAAACAUUUUAGUUAACUAAAAUAUACUCACUUCAGUUUCAGCACUAAGAUUCCUCCGCUACAGCUGCCCUCUCCUCCUUUGUCUUCGUCAGCAUGCCUGUUUACUCUACCGCAUUCUCGUGCAAUCCAAUGCUUCUCACAGAGAAGCACUGGGGAUGAGAUACUCAUGCGUGGCAAAAGGCUUUGCUCUUCCAAUCAAAUGCUGCUAUGAGGCGCAUUUCAUUGUAGAGCUGUGUCUGACUUGUUUCUGGAGGAGCGUUGUGGUCCUGAUGUUUAUGCGCGGUGAGUGUCACACAUGCGCGUCCAAAGCUUCUCACAGGAAAGCACUGAGAAGCACGUAAUCAGUGCAGAGAAGGCAUCUCUUGUGGCUGUCAGGGAGACAGCCACUAGAGCUGCAUUCAGCCCUUCAAUGUAAACAUUGCUGUUUCUACAAAAUGACAAUGUUUUACAUUGAAGGGUAAAAAUGACAGGACCACUGCACCCACACCCCAUCAUUCAGACAAAGUGGUCUGGGUGCGUUUAGUGGUCCUUUAGCCCCUUAAGGACCAAACUUCUGGAAUAAAAGGGAAUCAUGACAUGUUUAAGGGAGUGUUCAGGCUUCAUGCAUUUUGAUAAGGCUGCUUACAUAAAAACAAUGUAUGGAAUGUACAUUUGGGGAGAAUAGGGUUUUUUUUUUUGCCAUUUGUUAAAGGAACAUUCCAAAUACCCUAACCACUACAGCUUGCUGCAGUGGAAUAGUGCCAGAUGAGCCCUGGUGCAAUUCUAUUGUAAGUAGUCAAACAAUUUUAGCAUGGUUUGACUUCUUAGUUGGGGUGUGCCAGCUUCCUCUCCCUGCCUCCACUAUAGCAGGAAGCUCUCUGUCUGAGUACCUUGCUUCGCCCACUGGCUGUCUGCUAAAACGGGUUGGCUGCUUACAAUUAGGGAGUGCCUGGACACAUUAAUGGUACCACAGCCACUACAGGAUACUGUAGUGGUUAUGGUGUUUGGAGUGUUUCCUUGAAAACUACAAAAAAAACACUCACAAUAACAUAACAAUAAAACAUUUAUCAUGACCUUGUUUUAAUGUAGAUUAGCAUUACAAAUAAUCAAAAUCUUAAAAAAAAUCUCUUCAAAUAGGGAAAAUACAUUAUUACAUUUGUUGGGUCCUGUAGACGUCUCUGAGGUUCAGUCCUCCCCUGCAGAAACCAAAUGUCUUUCAGGCAGUCACGUUGCGAAGAUCCAGUGAAAUCAUGUUUUUAUAUAUAUGUUACAAGUUAUUAAGUGUAUAGACCGUUUCCUCCAUAACCUAUAACUAUGUUUCAGGCAGACAUUACAUCUGUGAGGAAAGGUUCAGCUGUUUCCAAUGUCUGCAUAUGAAAGGCUCGCUGGCGUUGUUUAGAUAAUAGAGGAGGGAGCUGAUAUACUGUGAUACAAGGAAGAUGAUUCAGCACAAUAUCUCCAGGGUAAAAGGCAGAGAUAUGUUUCCCUUAGUGCUUAAAUGGAAUCAUAAAUCUUGGAUCAGGAUGAAUUUUUCAGAAUUUUCAUCAAAUGUGCAGAAUAACACAUUUUAUACUGAAAUAGCAAAGUGGAAAAAUUCUCCACAAUUCCUGAUUUAGCAAAUAACCCCAAGAAUGAGAGCGACUGCCAUGUGGGCACCUGCUAGCAGACAUUACCACUAUCAAGUAUGCAAACCUUAGCAGACACGUAUAAUGCCUGCCACAUAUUACAGGGAUAGUAUACGCACAUAGGCGUGCGCAGCCUAUUGCAUUAGGGUGUGCACCCUAAAGCACAAACACACGCCGCGCGUGUGUGUGUAUAUAUAUAUAUAUACACAUAUAUAUAUAUAUAUAUAUAUAUAUAUACAUAUAUACAUAUAUACACACGUAUAUAUAUAUUCACAGACACACACACUCACAGACACACACUCACACUCACAGAAACACACACACUCACAGACACACACACUCACUGACACACACAUACUCACAUACUCACAUACUCACACACUCACACACUCACUGACACACACACUCACAGACACAUACUCACACACUCACAGACACACACUGACACACACUCACAGACUCACACACACAUACUCACACACUCACAGACACACACUGACACACACACUGACACAUACUCACACACUCACUGACACACACACUCACACACACACUGACACACACACACACAUACUCACACACUCACUGACACACACACUCACAGACACAUACUCACACACUUACAGACACACACUGACACAUACUCACACACUCACAGACACACACUCACACACACUGACACACACAUACUCACACACUCUCAGACACAUACUCACACACUCACAGACACAUACUCACACACUCAGACACACACUGACACACACACACACUCACACACUGACACAUACUCACACACUCACUGACACACACACUCACAGACACAUACUCACACACUCACAGACACACACUGACACACACUCACAGACACACACUGACACACACUCACAGACACAUACUCACACACUCACAGACACACACACUGACACAUACUCACACACUCACUGACACACACACUCACAGACACAUACUCACACACUUACAGACACACACUGACACACACUCACAGACACACACACUGACACACACACACACUCACUGACACACACACACACUGACACACACUGACACACACACACACUGACACAUACUCACACACUCACAGACACACACAAAUAAUUAUAUUUUAAUUUUUUUUUUUAAAUGUCCACCCAGCCUCCUACCUGGAGUGCUGGUGGACUUGUCCCUGGGGUCCAGUGGGGGCGGGCGCCUCUCUGCAGCUCAGCGCGCGGCGAGGGAGCUCUCUGUUCUCUGCUUCCUCUCGCCGCGCGGGCUGUCUGCUCGAGCUGGGAGCCGGAAUAUGACGUCAUAUUCCGGCUCCCGGCAUCAGCGCGCGGCGAGAGGAAGCAGAGAGCAGAGAGCAGAGAGCUCCCUCGCCGCGGCUGAGCUGCAGGGGGGGGGAAUCAUCACCUCUUGCCCUCCCAUGACAGGGGCAAGAGGUGAAACAGGGGGCACUGAGUGCCUGCAGGAACAGCGUUCCUGCUCAAAAGAGUGCAGGAACGCUGUUCCUGCAGGACUCAAACCAUAGGGGUGCGCACGGGGAUUAGGGUGUGCCCAGGCACACCCGGCACACCCCGUGCGCACGCCUAUGUAUACGCACUAAAACAACUUUAGCUUAAUGAAUCAGUUUUGGUGUAUAGAUCACGUUCCUGCAGUUUCACUGCUCAAUUCUCUGCCAUUAAGGAGUUAAAUCCCUUUAUUUAUACUGCCCUAGUCACAUCGCCUGUAUGUGACUUGCACAGCCUUCUCAACACUUCCUGUAAAUAGAGUUCUAAAGUUUAACUUCCUUUAUUGCACAUUCUGUUUAAUUUAGAAUUUCUUGUCUCCUGCUGUUUUAAAAACCUGCUACAGCCUGCUGUAGCCAGAGGAGGUGUGGCUAGGACGGCAUAAACAGAAACAAAAGUGAUUUAACUCCUAAAUAGCAGUGAAUUUAGCAGUGAGACUGCAGGGACAUGAUCUGUACACCAAAACUGCUUCAUUGAGCUAAUGUUGUUUUGAUGGCCACAGUGUCCUUCUAACCAACUGAGCAUAUGCAAUACAUUGGUUACACUGGCUGCACAUGUAUGUAAUAGGGAAAUCAGAAAUGUUGCUGUUUCUGUUUAACUUCUUAUUUUCCUAUAUUCUUCAGAAGGUGUGAGACAAUGAAGGGCCAGGCCAGGGGAUCGCAAACCUGGACUAUUCCAUAAAUAAGUCAGAAACAGAGAAACAUGCUUGCAGAGUCUCUGGGGGAGAGCGGGGAGAUUUUCACACCACCCAACAUUUCAAAUGGACAUAGAGGGAUACUUUAGUUUUAGGGGUAAGGGGGGGACAUUACUAGGAGGGUUAUUUAUGUGAAGCUCUGAGACACACCAAUAGUAUGGAGCUACUAGAAAAGAGGGACUGAGAGAUUUGUGGCAAAAAUAGGGACUGUCUCUCCUAAAUAGGGACACUUGGGAGUUAUGGGAUUUUUUCUAUUUAACUUUCAAUUCACUAGUGAAUAAGCCCUCCAUGAAGCCUACAUUUAUCUGCACAAAUGGCGUCCUGCCUGUAAAAAUGAUCAUUUCUGCUUUUAUCUGCUUUAUUGCAGUAGUUUAAUCUAGGUUAUUAAGAAUUUAAUGAGGUAAAAUGAUUUUAUACUUCAUGCAAAGCUUUAUACAGGAGACAUGAUUACCAGUAAUCUCUUUAACCUUACUGACAUAAUUCUACUCUUAAUAUUACAUUAGUUUUUGCCUAAUCAGCUUGUGGCUAAGCUAAUUAAUUUUAAUGAAUUAAUUAAAAAUUGAAUGGGAGAUUUUGCUUGUAAAUUAUAGGUGUAAAAAUUGAAUUGAACUAUAUUACUUUAUUUUGCAAGUUCAUCAUAUACUUCAUUUUUUUUUCUUUUUCUAGGUAGACAUAGGAGUAAAGGAUAAAAUCACGUAUGAUAUUCGUUGACAUAUUAAAGAGACACUAUAGUCACCAGAACCACUGCAGCUUAAUGUAGUGGUCCUCAUGUGUACAGCCUGUCCCUGCAGGCUUUUCAAUGUAAACGCUGCCUUUUCAGAAAAAAGGCAGCAUUUAUAUUGCUGCCUAGUAACACCUCUAGUAGCAGUCACUCAGACAGCCACUGGAGGUGCUUCCUAGUUCAGUGCUGCAUGGAAGCACUGAAUGUUCCCCUUAGAGAUGCAUACAUUCACUGCAUCUCUGUGAGGAGAUGCUGAUUGGUGCACUGCUGCAUUUUGCCAUACAUACACAAUAGCCUCCCAAUGAUAGACCAUGGGAAAACAUUGGAUUGGCUAAGAUCAUCGAGACUGAUGAUCUCAACCAUGGAGGUGGGGCAAGUGGCGGCAAGGCCAGCACUGCAAUAGAGAACAGGUAAGUUUAAAUACCUUUUAACUCGAUUCUGAGGGGGGUUUGUACAUAAACAUGUACUCCAGCACUUUUUAACCCCUUAAGGACCGAGGACGGUUCAGGACCGUCAUCGGCAUUUUUGCCUUGAGGACCGAUGACGGUCCUGAACCGUCCUAACGGUCUGGGGGUACUUACCUGAUCGCCGUCGUUCCCCCGGCGGCGAUCAGCGUGCUCCGGUUGUGGGGAGACUGCCUGCAGCCCAGACAGUCUCCCCACACUGAUUAGGACCCCUGUGGCCAUGUGAUCGCUUAACACAGCGAUCACAUGGUCACAAUAGGUGUCCAUGUGUCUGCCUGCAGGGGGACUGUCUGUGCUGACAGGCAGUCUCCCUGCUAGUGUAAAAUCAAAAAAAAAUUAAAGUUAGUGUUAAUUAAAAAAAAUAAAAUAAUUAUAUAUGUGUAUAUAUGAUAUAUAGACAUAUAUUAUACCUAUAUAAUAUAUGUCUAUAUAUCAUAUAUAUAUAAUGUCAUACUAAGUGUAUUUUUAUAUUAAUAUGUACUUAUAUUAAUAUAAAAUACACUUAUAAUUAAAUUACACACGUAUAUAUAUAAUAUAUAUAAUAACUAUAUAUAUUGUAUAUAUAUAUUAUUAUAAAAUAUAAAUAAUAAGUAAUUUAAAUUAAAUAAAAAAAUUUUAAAAUAAUAAUAAAAAUUUAAAAAAAAUUAUAUAGCUAUAUGAAAUUUUAUUCUAACUGUAUUUUAAAAUUAAUAUAUAUAUAUUUAUAUCAAAAUACACUUAGAAUGAAUUUGUAUAUAUAUCUAUGUAUAUAAAAAUAAAUAAAAAUAAUAAGAAAUAUACAUACGUCCAUAUACAAAAUUACAUAAAUAAUUAUAUAAAUAUACACGUAGACUUCAAAUAUAUAAAUAUGCAUAUAUAUUUAAAUUCUACGUGCGUAUUUAUGUAAUAUUUUUACAUAAUUCAGUAAUUUUAUUGAUUGCAAUUUGAGGGACCUGCCUGCCAACCCAGGCCGAAAUUCCAGAGAAUUUAAUUUGCUAGCACUGUAUUUUACCCUGUAACGUUCUACGACACCCUAAAACCUGUACAUGGGGGGUACUGUUUUACUCGGGAGACUUCGCUGAACACAAAUAUUAGUGAUUCAAAACAGUAAAACAUAUCACAGCGAUGAUAUUGUCAGUGAAAGUUACUUUUUUGCAUUUUUCACACACAAACAGCACUUUUACUGAUGAUAUAAUUGUUGUGAUACGUUUUCCAGUUUUUAAACACUAAUAUUUGUGUUCAGCGAUGUCUCCCGAGUAAAACAGUACCCCCCAUGUACAGGUUUUAUAGCAUUUUUGAAAGUUACAAGGUCAAAUAUAUGGGUCAAAUAUUUUUACAUUGAAAAUGGCAGGUUGGUUCACGUUGCCUUUGAGAGCGUAUGGUAGCCCAGGGCGAGAAUUACCCCCAUGAUGGCAUACCAUUUGCAAAAGAAGACAACCCAAGGUAUUGCAAAUGGGGUAUGUCCAGUCUUUUUUAGUAACCACUUGGUCACAAACACUGGCCAAAAUUAGCGUUCAAUUUAGUUUUUUACUUUUUUCACACACAAACAAAUAUGAAUGCUUACUUUGGCCAGUGUUUUCGACUAAGUGGCUUACUAAAAAAGACUGAACAUACCCCAUAUUGAAUACCCUGGGUUGUCUACUUUAAAAAAUAUGUACAUGUGGGGUGUUAUUCAGAGAUUUAUGACAGAUAAUAGUGUUACAAUGUCACUAUUGAUAAAUUUUAAAAAUGUAUAUUUUGAAACCGCAAUAUCCUACUUGUACCUAUAGCCCUAUAACAUGCAAAAAAAAGCAAAAAAGCACGUAAACACUGUGUAUUUUUAAACUCAGGACAAAAUUUUGAAUCUAUUUAGCAGUUUUUUUCAUUCGCUUUUGUAGAUGAGUAAAAGAUUUUUCAAGUAAAAGUCCAAAAACAUGUAUUUUUUUCAAUUUUUCAUCAUAUUUUUUUAUUUUUUUUAAAUUAAAAUACAUGAGAUUAUAUAAAUAAUGGUAUGUAAAGAAAGCCCCUUUUGCCCUGAAAAAAACAAUAUAUAAUUUGUAUGGGAACAGUAAAUGAGAAAGCGGAAAAUUACAGCCAAACACAAACACCACAAAAGUGUAAAAAUAUUCCUGGUCGCAAAUGUACAACAUCGCAAAAACAGUCCAGUCCUUAAGGGGUUAAAGCCCCCUUAUAAAAACACAUAUGGGUUUACAACUGAAUCCUAAAAAGAGAGUGUCAGUUAUGAUACAGGCCAUAUUUUAAUAUUUUUGAUAUUACAAAUUAUUCAUUAUUAUCUGUUGGGAAAAAAAAGUAUUUAAUGGAGACUUCUAUAGGUAAAUAAUUUUGAAAGUUUUUCUAACAGAAACUGAAUCAUUUGAAAAGCUUAUCCAAAAAUAUUAAAUCAAGGCCAUUUUUGUUAAAAAGCAAAAUCGAGCUUAACUCUUACAUUAUCUACUAAAGUGUGAUCUGCGCGCAAUUCCAAAUGUAUUCAAAAUUAAUUUAAAAUUUUAUGCCUCAGUAGCCAAACUUGAAAAACUGUCCAAUUCACUUGUGUUUUCAGUUCAAAUGUUGUAGCAUACAAUUGUUAAUUAAUUUUGAAAUCACAGCUAUAUACACAUCAGUAAAGUUGUUAGACUAACAAGGUGAGCCACUAAAGUGAGAAUUGUUGAGAAUUUAAAGUAAAUUUAAAGCCAGAGUAGGUUAACUAGAAGCAUAGCUGACUUUGACAAAUGUUUCCAAGACAGUUUUUGGCCUUUACUGGCCAUAAGAACUUAAAGAGAUGCUGUAGUCACAUGAACCACUGCAGUUUAAUGUAUGUGAGUGAAAAGCAGACUUAAAGGACCACUAUAGUGCCAGGAAAACAAACUCGUUUUCCUGGCUCUAUAGGGUCUUUGGGCUCCCCUCCACCCUCUGGGUCCCCCUCCCGCCCGGCUGAAAUGGGAGGAAGGGGUUAAAUUCUUACCUCCAUCUUCCGACGUCAUCCGCUGAAUGCGCAUGCACGGCAAGAGCUGCACGCGCAUUCAGUCAGUCCAUAGAAAAGAAUUUCUCAAUGCUUUCCUAUGGACGCUGGCGUCUUCUCACUGUGAAAAUCACAGUGAGAAGCGCGGAAGCGCCUCUAGUGGCUGUCAAUGAGACUGCCACUAGAGGCUGGAUUAAACCUAAUGUAAACAUAGCAGUUUCUCUGAAACUGUUAUUUACAGCUGCAGGGUUAACCCUAGAUGGAUCUGGCACCCAGACCACUUCAUUGAGCUGAAGUGGUAUGGGUGCCUAUAGUGGUCCUUUUAAUUCAAAUAGAAACUUAUGGUGGUAUUUAUAACCUAAAAAUAUUUGUUUUAUAAUAGAUAAUUCAUACAUAUUUAGAAACAUAGAAUGUGAUGGCAGAUUAGAACCAUUCAGCCCAUCUAGUCUGCCCAAUUUUCUAAAUGCUUUCAUUAGUCCCUGGCCUUGUCUUAUAGCUAGGAUUAGUGAUGUCCCGAACGGUUCGCUGGCGAAUAGUUCCUGGCGAACAUAGUGUGUUCGCGUUCGCCACGGACGGCGAACAUAUGCGAUGUUCGGUCCGCCCCCUAUUAAUUUACUAAUACUAAGUAAAAAUUACUUAGUAUUAGUAAAUUGUGCCCCUACUCGCAGCCCUAAAUACUAAUAGGGGGGGACCUAUUGUCCUCCCCCCGGGUGGGGGCCCUAAAAUUAACAAUAAGGGGGGGACCUAUUGUCCCUCCCCCCCGGCCCCCACCCCUAAACGGUGAGUGGGGGCCCUAAAAUUAACAAUAAGGGGGGGACCUAUUGUCCCCCCCCGGCCCCCACCCCUGAGCGGUGGGUGGGGGCCCUAAAUACAAAGGGGGGGGACCCUAGUCACCCCUCCCCCCCAAAAAAAAGAGCUCCCUACCUACCCCCCUCACCCUAAAAAUAAUGAGGGGGGGACCUUUAACUAAAAACCUGUAAAAAAAAAAUUUAGAUAAAAAUACCUUACCAUUUGAUGUUUUCUUUCUUCUACAAUCUUCUUUUUUCAGCCCCAAAAAAGGCCAAAUAAAAGCCAUAAGAACCGACGCAAUUAAAAAAAAACAACAAAAAAAAAAACGAGCGCACAAAAAAAUAAUCCAUCUUCACCCAUGGAGGGCACCGCGCAGACUGAGCUCUGCAGGGCGGGGGAAGGCUUAUAAAGCCUUGCCACGCCCUGCAAUUAGGCUAAGAACACUCUGAUUGGCUGGUUUAAGCCAAUCAGAGUGCUCUUUGUCAUUUUACACAGCGUGGGAAAAUUCAAAAGAGCUUGAAAUCCAUCCAAUCACAGUGCUCUGUGUCAUUUUACACAGCGUGGGAAAAUUUAACUUUCCCACGCAGAGCACUGUAAUUUGAUGGCUUGAAAUCCAUCCAAUCACAGUGCUCUGUGUCAUUUUACACAGUGUGGGAAAAUUGAACUUUCCCACGCUGUGUAAAAUGACACAGAGCACUGUGAUUGGAUGGAUUUCAAGCCAUCCAAUCACAUUGCUCUGUGUCAUUUUACACAGCGUGGGAAAGUUCAAGGUCCCCCCCUUAUUGUUAAAUUUAGGGCCCCCACCCACCGCUCAGGGGUGGUGGCCGGGGGGGGCACAAUAGGUCCCCCCCUUAUUGUUAAUUUUAGGGCCCCCACCCACCGCUCAGGGGUGAAGGCCGGCGGGGACUAUAGGUCCCCCCCUUAUUGUUAUUAGGGCCCCCACCCACCGCUCAGGGGUGGGGGCCGGGAGGGGACAAUAGGUCCCCCCUUAUUGUUAAUUUUAGGGCCCCCACCCACCGCUCAGGGGUGGGGGCCGGGGGCGGGACAGUAGGUCCCCCCCUUAUUGUUAAUUUUAGGGCCCCCAACCACCGCUCAGGGGUGGGGGCCGGGGGGGGACAGUAGGUCCCCCCCUUAUUGUUAAUUUUAGGGCCCCCACGCACCGCUCAGGGGUGGGGGCCGGGGGGGACAAUAGGUCGCCCCCUUAUUGUUAUUAGGGCCCCCACCCACCGCUCAGGGGUGGAGGCCGGGGGGGACAGUAGGUCCCCCCCUUAUUGUUAUUUUUAGGGCCCCCACCCACCGCACAGGGGUGGGGGCCGGAGAGGGGGAGGACUGUAGGUCCCCUCCUCAUUAUCUUUAUAGCCCCCACCCGACGCCCAGGGGUGGGUGCCGGUGGGGGGGAGGAAAGUAGGUCCCCCACCUCAUUAUCAUUAUGGUCCCCACCCGCCGCCCAGGGGUGGGGGCCGGAGAGGGGGAGGACAGUAGGUCCCCCCCUCAUUAUCUUUAUGGCCCCCACCCGCCGCCCAGGGGUGGGGGCCGGGGGUGGGAGGAGAGUGGGUCUCUCCCCCCCAGAAAGCGUCCCUGUGGGUUUUAAAAUUCGCCUGCCUAUUGAAGUCUAUGGCGGUUCGCCGGGUUCGCGAACAUUUGCGGAAGUUUGCGGUUCGUGGUUCGCGAACCGAAAAUUUUAUGUUCGCGACAUCACUAGCUAGGAUAGACUUAUGCCUAUCCCACACAUGCUUAAUCUACCACUUCAUCUGGAAGGCUAGUCCAUGCAUCCACUACCCUCUCUGUAAAAUAAUACUUCCUGAAAUUAUUUUUAAACCUUUGCCCUUCUAAUUUGAGACUAUGUCCUUUUAUUCUGGUAGUUUUUCUUCUUUUAAAUAUAGUUUCCUCCUUUACUGUGUUGAUUCCCUUUAUGUAUUGAAAUGUUUCUAUCAUAUUCCCCUGUCUCGUCUUUCCUCCAAGCUAUACAUGUUAAGUUCCUUUAAUCUUUCCUUGGAACAACAAACCAAUAGUCUUGUGCAUAAGAGCAUUUCUGGGAAGCUCCCACUCUACCUGAGUAUGCUCUCCCUGGCUUUUCUCACCUCCUAUAACCUCCGAUCCAGUACUAGCACGAUAUUUAGCAUACCGCAAUACAAAAAUAAAGUGGCUCUAUCCUCCUUUUCCUACAGAGCAUUGCAAUUAUGGAAUAACCUCAGGGCCACAGUCAGAUCUUCAUUCAAUCUAAAAACUUUCAAGAGAUCUAUGGCAAUAUACCUUAGCACAGAAUGCACCUGUCAUGGUUGAAUAUAUUUAUUACCUGUUAUGUGUUAAAUUUGUAUAAGUGUGUAUGUAUAUAUGUUUGUAUAUUGUAUUUUAAUUUUUUUUUUUUUUUUUAUAUUGUAUCCUAUUGUAACAAUGUAAUGUUUUGUGGACCCAGGACAUACUUAAAACAGAGAAAUCUCAAUGUAUCCUCCCUGGUAAAAUGUUUUAUAAAUAAAUAAAUAAUAGCUUGUCUCUUAUAUACAUAGGUCAAAAGCCUACUUGAUGGCAUGAACAUCUCAUAUCAGGCUGUGGAAAUCGAUCAGAUGGGUAAGAUACAUCUUCUACAUCACUUGCAGAAUUACUAAAAAUACAAAUAGCUGAAGGUCGAUGCCCAGGUUUGGUAGCAGUCCAUAGAAUAUGGUUACAUAGGUCAAGUGCUGCUGCUACUUAGCUUAAAAUAAAAUGAAAAUAUUUACCCAGAAAAUGUGCGUUUACCUUUUUCUAAUUUACAAGUACAUCUAGAUAUUAUUAUUUCCCAAUAGCUUUCAUAUUUCCCAGUACUCAUUCUAUUGACCUUGGAAAUAUGAAAGUUUGAGUUUUCCUGGACAGGAACAAAACCAGGGACUCUGAGAUACUGUUGCCAGAGUCCCAUUUUUUUCAGGUUUAAUGAAAGGCAUUUUCAGAAUUUAAUCUAGAAUGUGGGGGUAAUGACUCGCCUGAACAAGGAUGUUUUAAUUGGGCGUUGCUAAGAUAUCUCAAUAUUAUAUACAAUGCACUGAGGAUUGGCAAACUGUAUAGCAAGCAUGUUUAUUUGGCCCGUGAGUUUGAGAUGCUUGCUGUAUAGAUUCAUGCUAUGUAUCUGAAAGCUCCAUAUUAGCACUUGUUUGCGAUAAUAGUAUUGUGUGGGGAUUUUCUCUUUUAUGGUCGUGUCAUGUCUAGAUUGCUUUUGCAUCCAAGAGCACCAAGUUUAACUAGUGAAAUUGAGACUGUUUUGCAGUUAAGAUUAUUCUAUAUUAUCAUAUUCUCCUGUAAUAUUUUUUUUUUUGGGAGGCGGCAGGGGUUGUCCUAUUAUUGAGGUGCUUGUAACAGGGGUCUUAUAGUGAUAUAAAUUUCCAACCACCUUUCCUUUAAGACUAUAAUAACAUUUAUUGAAGAUUUGGGAAUAGUUUGGAGUUUAUAUAUUUUCUGCGGAAAAGUAUUAUAGAUAAGGGGAUGUUUCAUUAUACAAUUCGUAUAGUAUAAGGACCCAGGCCUGAGUAAGGUGUUGUAGUGUCUAAGUGGGGAAUACCUCAGGUUGCGAUAUGUUUUAAGCCCAGUGUUUGAGUGCACUGUAGUUAUUAUGGUGCUAGGAGUACCCUGAAAUCUCCCCAGUGGGAGAGCUAAUGAAAACCCAUGUUUAGAAGUUUCCAACCCUCCAGAGUAGUGAUGUCCCGAACGGUUCGCCGAACGGUUCGCUGCAGACUCAUCAUUGAGUAAACUUUGACCCUGUACCUCACAGUCAGCAGACACAUUCCAGCCAAUCAGCAACAGACCCUCCCUCCCAGACCCUCCCACCUCCUGGACAGCAUCCAUUGAAGCUGCAUUCUUAGUGAGCUGUCCAGGAGGUGGGAGGGUCUGGGAGGGAGGGUCUGCUGCUGAUUGGCUGGAAUGUGUCUGCUGACUGUGAGGUACAGGGUCAAAGUUUACUCAAUGAUGAGUCCGUGGCGAACCGUUCGCGAACCGUUCGGCGAACCGUUCGGGACAUCACUACUCCACAGUUAAUAUUUAGAGGUGGGUAUCGACUCUGGCUGACCCUAGUUAAUAAGAUAGAAUAUAAGAAUUCUGUAUUAUUUCCCAAAACAGUUAGCAAUUACCAAUUGUGAUGGGUAUGCAUUUUUAGUUUUCUUUAUUUAGCAAUUACGUAGACCAGUAGGGUUAUCCCCUUGACUGUGGAUAAUGUUUAGGUGUUGGGCAGGAUCAAUCUUUCACUUACUUUCAUUGUAAUCCACCCAAGACAAGGCUAUGUUAAUAAAAAAGCAUUAUAGUAUCAGUUUAAUAGUUUGUUUUAUACUGAUUGCAUAUACCCCCUUGUGUCUUGUGUGUAAUGUUUCAUUAUUUUUCUGCAUUCUAGUCGGCCCAUUGUAGUAAUUUUGAUUGAUAAAGUGGUUAGAAUGCUACACAAUUGUAAAUAAAACACCAUUUCUCCCAUCCAUCUCCCCUAUAGUUAUUGAGUUUGGAGAGGGGUUUGUAUAAUCAUUAUCAGAAUAUAGAAUGCGAUCCCUUGAUAGCAGCAGUGGGUGAUUUGAGUUGGCUGUUGCAGUGUUAGAAUGUACCAUUGUAAUCAGAGAGUUUGUAGUUGCAGUGCUCAGAUCCUGGUAGAACUCUUGAUCGUUUCUGGGGUCUGUUUGCAGUGAUGGAGGUGACAAGGUUAUUUCUAACUGGCUCAUGGUGGUAGCGUAUUUGUUGCUAUGAAGCCUAGAGAUACAAUGGGUUUCAGGAGAUGAGAUUAUGAGUCUCCACAUCUCUUGCCUCUCGAGUGAGUGUGAAGUGAUGAAUCUGUCAAAAUUACCUGGUUUAUGGCAUUUGUAGUGCCUUGAAGUGACAUAGAUUGAAAUAAUAUAUACACAUUUGGGUUUUGACGUUCAUUUGAGCGUAUAGGACUGGGAGAUGUAUACGUGAUUGAUUUUCGUGCUGUGAUUGAGAUAACGGAUCUGGGGAAAUUUAUAACUCUAGACUGUACUUUGUUGGCCAUUUGAGGUAGUCAGGCUGGAGUAAAUAUAUGACUCUAGUGUUUUCAGUAUGUUUGAGUGGAUUGACCUUGGAAGGUAAUUUGUGAUGAUGAUACGCCGUGGGAAUACAGUAGUCUUCAUAGUAUCUUCAAGAUGAUCCUGGUAAUAGUCUCUAAUUAGCCCUUUGAAGCAAGGUUUUUCUUGCUGGUUGGAAAACCCCACUGGUCAUGUGAAUGACUGAAACAGAAAUAAUCGCUACACGUAUUUUAUCAUAAAACAUAUAAAGGUACCUGAAGAUGGUUUGAUUUAAAACAUAUGACUCCGAAAAAUUCUCUUUGACUGAGUUGUCUCAUUGUCAUAAAUAAUGCUUCCGUAUUUCACAAGGAAAUUAAUAUAAAGAAUUAAGGUCAACGUUUACAUUGUACGCUAAGUAAACAAGGAAGCAGCUAUAAGAUUAAAUCAAAGGGAUUAUCACAUUUACAUAAAAUGUUCUGUUUUGCUUUGUCAUUCUGUGCAUCCCAAUGCGAGCUGAUGUCACUAAUUAUAAAAACUCCACAUGUAUAAUUAGACGGCACCAGUGUUUAAUAUUUAUCAGGUUAAACUGGUACGUAAUGACAUAUUGGGUGAUAUUGUAGCUUGAUUACAGUCUCUGUUGCCAAAAGUUAAACAAGUUCUUUAAAUGAAUAAAUGUUACCCAGUAUCGCUUUUUCCACAACGUUUUAUCUCCUCAUUACUCUAGACAUUAUUUUAAUAUUAUAAUUUCAUUUUUUUGUAAUUCUUUAUUUUCAUAUUGUAAGCAUACAUGUAAGUACAGCAUCAUGGUAUAUAAGAGUGUUGCACUUUUUUAAAAAUAUUUUAAUUAUUAAUUAUAGGGGCUACAGGGGAAACGCUAGCUGGGUGCCCAUUGGUUGGGACAGUUGUGUUGCCGCUCUUUGUAUAGGUAUGACUGCGUCUGGGACUCUAUGGGAUUGUCAAUUGGGACAGUGUCUAUUCGGCAAUUGGCGGGGCGCCGGUUAAUUGUCGUGUUAACUUGUUCUUCUCAGUGGUAUCUUUUAGGGUCAGUGGCCGACCUUUGGUGGGUCAAUAAGUUAGGCUUGUUCACCAGAGGGAGUCCUUGUUAGCAACAGUUCUCGUCCGGUCCUUCUUCUCUGAGGAUGGUCACGGCUCUGUGGCCCUGGGUGCUGGAGUUAGUCUCUUCACUUUGAAAUUGGACAGCUUGCUCUGUGUGUGGUCGUAUUCACUGGGGCCCUCUGUUGUCUCGGGUCUCUUGGACUCCCUGUGGUGACCGGGCUGGCAGACCCACCUUUUGCAGGAAGAGCUCUGGAUCGUCUUCUGAGGUGAGGGUCAUACUCUUUCCUUCUAUUUCCGUUAGGAGGAAACCCUCCACUCCCCAGCGGUAACUUAUUCCUGAGUCUCGCAUUUUCCUGGCUACAGGUGCCAGUUUUCUUUUCAUACAGUGAAUGGUAUGUCGGGGAAAAUUGCCACCUUGUGACCUUCAUUAGUGAUUGCCCCCAUUUCUCUGGAAUGUGACAUGAUAAUUGACCUUGUAGAUAUAUCUUGGGUCAUCAUGAUAACAUCCCUGGGUGCUUCACUUGGGGCUGUCACCGAUUUCCGCACCCGGAAUGCAGAGGAGAACCACUGCCUGUCUUCUCUGCCCCCCACUCCCAUGUUUGCUAUCAGCUUGUGGGCAUAUGGCAGGAGCUGCUCUUCGGUCACCGAUUCAGGGACCCACCUGAGACGGAGUUUUUUUCCCCCACUUCUGCCAGGACUUUCUUGAGGUUGGCUCCCCAGAUUUUCAUCAUUUCUGUUAGGAGUCUUUUAAUGUCCCCCUUUGUGGAGGGUGUCUCGUCCUCCUCUGACUCAGAUAGCCAGGAUGGUGUCUCUGAUUGGGAGGAGGGUAUGGAUUCCUCUUUGUCCUGUGAGGCCUACAGCAUGUGUAGUCUGGAGAGCACUUAACUAGCUAGUCUUAGAUGGACGUUAAUAUGACAUGCUCUGUUAAAAAAAUAUUAAUAAAAAUAAAAUAAGAGAUUUUGCACAACUAGUAAACUCAAUCAAUAUGAAAUAAAGAGUAUGCCCGGAAUGUCAGACUUUAUUUUUUCUUUACCAUUACCUCGAUGACAUUGGCACAGAACAUUUAUAUAUAUUGAAAAAGUUAUAUAAUAUUUGCUGUUGCUUUCCAAAUUUUCUCCCAAUUUAUAUAAUCAAACUCAUUUUUUUAUUUUAUUAUUAUUAUACAAUUGAGAUUGUUUUCUUAUUUUGGUGCUAUGAUCUUUUAGCUAUGAUUCAUCUCCUAGGAGUCAUGUGCUCUAGGUGUGAAUGUGUCUAUUGUACAUGUCUGAUCAUGGCAAAGCUCGAUAGUUGUAGAAAGUCCCUAGUUCUUGCGUUUCAUCCAAUUAUGAAAUGUUAAACUUCCGUUUUACCUUAAUAGAACUUUACAUAAAAUAGAAAAGUCAUCAAAACACCAACAAGCCUAAUAUUACAUCCCACGCAAAUCAGUAGACCUGUAUCAGUCUAAGAAAGGACAUUUUAAAAAAAAGUUAAAACACUAAUGACACCCACUCAUCAUGGUUUGUUAUUUUAAUUAAUUAUUAAAAGGGAAAUGUAUCAAAGUUUCCCAAUGUGCUUGCGGAAGUGUGACUGUUUAAAUGAAGAACAGCCUUUUCAAUAAAUCAACAUUUUUACAUUUUCUUUAUAAUAAAUAUGAAACAAAUAUUAACAAAAACACCUGUAAAUGAAGGGUGGGUGAGCGCUCUCAAACUGUCAGGCGCUAUUAAAUACAUUUUAACGAGCACUGAGAUAUAAGUAUAUACUUUUAUUUAUGUUCUCCAUACAUGCUGUUUAUACUUUAUUACAAACACUCUUCUGAGACGUAUUUACAAACACUCUCUUAUUCAGACACACCUACCGAUACAUUCAAACACUCUGUAACAGGCAAUCACAUGCACAUGUCAUUCACAAACUCACACAGGCACACACAGGUACACACGCACACAGGCUACAUGAAUGGCUUACAAACAACUAGUGUCAAGAUCAGCAUUGGGGUUAAAUAUUCCUUUGAAGAAGGGGUGUCCAAAAGGUAGGUCUCCAGAUGUUUUAAAACUACAGCUUCCAUGAUGCUUGGUCAUUCUAAAGGCUUGCAAAUGCAUGCAAAGGAUUAUGGGAGUUGUAGUUCUACAACACCUGGGGAUCUACCUCUUGGACACCCCUGCUUUAAAGGAACACUCCAUAAUCACAACCACUACAGCUCACUCUAGUAGUUAUGGAGCCAGGAGUGCUCAGAAACCCUCCAUUGGUUUGACUUCUCACCUGGGAUCUUCUGGGCAGGUCAACCCACCUCUACUACCAAUGCUGGAGAGCUGCAAGUCUCAUUCCAAAGUGGUUUGACUCCUUACAAUAGUGGGGUGGGGAGGGGGCACAAAGGCACUCCUAGUACUAUAACCACUACAGUGAGCCGCAGUGGAUUUUGUACUUGGAAUUUUUCUUUACUGGUACGUUGUUAUACUACAGAUUUUUUAAUUAAUCAAAAAUGUAUUCAUGUGUUUUAUACAUGUUCUCAUCUGUAUUCCCCUAUCCUGGCAGGAAAGUGCAGACAGGUAUUGUGUAAAGCUUAUUUUUGGUUUAUUAUUUUCAUGGAAGUGAGAAGACAAAAUGUAUGUGUUUUAUUCCCAUAAUACUCAAUACAGUAACACAGCAACACAAAUCAUCAGUUCUAUCACCAAAUAUAACAAGCCAUGAGACCAUUAGCGUUGGACUGUGUCUGCUCAGAGCACAGAGUAAUAGCAUUCACAGAAAUCAAUAGAACUAGUUUAAGACCCAGUAGUCUGUUCACCUCAGGUAGUAAGCUAUAUUAAUCAAGCUACACAUAGACUCACUCAUUGUUACUCAUAUCGUUCCUUACUUUCUAUUAGUUAUCAUUUUCUUAUAUUGAUUUGCCAUUGUGUAUCUAUUCUUCCCUUUGUCGCUCAGAGGUGUUUUUACAUUGCAUAGCUCCGUCUAUUGUCUAAUCAAUUUCAGGCUAAAAUAACAUAAAUUAAAAAUAGCUUAGAAUAAGCCAUUUUUUUAGUUUGAGUAUUUUUACCUAAAAUUUGAAAUCCACUUUGAAUUUCCAACAAUUCCCCCUUCAAUGAAUAACUCAGUCAAUGAAAAGCACAAAUUGUUUGACACAAUCAAGUUCUACCUAUUUAUUGAAUUAAUUUAAAUUCUUCCUUGUGAUCUCUUUCGUUCUUGCUGUUUAUUGUAAAGCCCUUGGUAAAGUCUGGUACCUGGCAAAAAGUGUUUAGUCAUUGUUACUCACAGAUUUCGGAAGUGGUUGAUGUUCCGCUGGACUCAAUACGUAGUCAGAGAUGCUGGGAAACGAGAGGCGCUGGGAUUGUGAAACUUGUCCCACCUCUUUUGGCAUUUCCUGGGAGCAGAACUUCUUAAAUGGAGAGAUCACUUCUGAUUGUCUUCCACAGAGAACGGACAGAUGUUUGAAGAGGUUCUCUGUGAACACGUCAUGGAGACGGCUUUACCCAGUGUUUUCGUAAAAGAGAAGUUUAUAGGAGAAUAUGAUGGAAUCAUAAAGGUAAAAAAACAUUAAUUAUUUAUGUUAAAAAAUGCUGAAGUAGACACUUUUGUUAAUGAAAUUUGUUAUAUUGUUAUUUUGUAAUAUAAACCUCGGAGAGCCCAGCUACUGUUCAACUACAGUUCCCAUGGGUCUCAGCCAAUAUGCUUCCAGGCGUUUGUAAGCUGAGGAUUAAAGGGAGAUGUAGUUCAAUAACACCUAGAACGGUGGUCUACUUUUGUAAACAGUUGUCUUUAUAAUGUAUUCAUAGGUAUUGGUACAAAUUACAAUCUCUAACUGUAAUGUAUAUAAAGUAGAUCUAUUUAUCUAUUGAUCGGUCUGUCUGUCUAUCUGUCUUUCUAUAAUACAAAAUAUUUAUAUAUAACAUAUAUAUAUAUAUAUAUAUAUAUAUAUAUAUAGAGAGAGAGAGAGAGAGAGAUUUUUUUUAAUGUUCAGAUGUUUUAGAAUUCCAUACUGCAACACCCACUACUCUGUGUAAAGUAAAGUCUUGUCCUUAAACUAACACUAUCCUUACUCAUUAUAUCACAAAUUAACCACUACAUUAUUGUAAAAUACUACACUAAACAUUAACUUCUCCAGUACUGUAACACACUACACUAAACAUGAACCCCUACAUUACUGUAACACACUACACUAAACAUUAACCCCUACAUUACUGUAACACACUCCACUAAACAUUAACCCUUACAUUACUGUAGCACAAUACACUAAACAUUAACCCCUACAUUACUGUAACACACUACACUAAGCAUUAAUCCCUACAUUACUGUAACACACUACACUAAGCAUUAACCCUUACAUUAAUGUAGCACAAUACACUGAAGCUAAACAUGAACCCCUACACUACACAUUUACCCUAACAUUACACCGACACUAAACAUUAAGCCCUGCGCCUGCAGUACCCUAAUACUAAUAACCAUUAACUGCAACACUAACACUAACCUUAACCUACAAACAUCAUGGAAUGUAAAACAGAGAUAAGAGCAAAGUAUUUAUUAGGAGAAAAUAAUACUUGGAGAAAAUAUCUUGGGGUUUUGGAUACAUUUAUAAACCACCAACUUCUGCCCCUUUGUUUAUUAUAAUCUCCCCAGAAUGAUUUUAUUGUAUUAUCUUCUUAUAAUACUUGGCUCACCAUGUAUCCUCUCUCUCUUACUCACUUUUACAACAUGUAAAGAUUUACAAUACUUCACGUAUCUCUCAUUUUAUGUAUCUCUUUAAUCUCAUUUUAAUUUCUGUGCUGAAAAUAUGUUUGUGGCCCAUUCUGGCCUUAAGGCAUUCCCGUAAGAAGACAGUGAUUGUUCAACUGUCACUAGUUCGUUUCUUGUCAUAAUCUGGAUAUGCCAGAGCUUGUCCUAACUGAACCAAAUUCCCAUACCUUCUCAGUAAAAUCAAGGUAAUGAGCCACUAUUUAUUACUCCGAAUUAUCCAGAGACAAAGAAAGCAUUGCUCAUUGAAAUAUGUCUUCUGAGUAGAUAGUGUACAGGGCGUUCACCCAUUUUUUACAGAUGGGAGCAAAGACUUGCAGGGUUAUUUACAAAAGUAAGAACAGUCAACAAUUCAAAGGGAAUUUCAAAUUUAAAGCCAAAUUCGCAGAAUUUUUCUAACUUGCCUAUUGUGACAUUAAAUGUGAAAUUAAAGGAACACUAUAGUCCCAUACGCUACAGUUGAACCUAGCCUGUGUGAUUAUGUUUAAUUAAUAUAAAAAAAAAAAAUGGCAGUCUUUCUUAGGAGUGUGUGCAAAUUAUGCUGAUACUCUUUAUUUUGUAUUAUCUUGCAACAACUCCUGUCUUUAUUCUGUAUCCCAUGACUUAAUUGCCAUAAUAAAAGGAAGAUUGACAAAAAAAAAACAAAAAAAAAAGGAACACUAUAGUGCCAGAAAUACAAACAUAUAUUCUUGACGUUAUAGUGCUGACAUGGCUGUUUAGCUGUCUGUGCAGUGCACUGGUGAUUUUCCUAACUUUUUCCCCUCACUGUGUCUGUCUUGUUGUGGCUGGCCCCGGCUGGCCCCACCUGGCCCCACCUUGCUCCACUUCCAUGGCUAAGAUAAUCAAUUUAUAUAUGUUGGUCUAUUAAUAGGAUCGUAGGCAGAAAUAAAUACUGGGUUAGGCUUGGAGUCAGCCAGUGGCACAUGACGGAUCACGUCACAGGUUUCCAUAAUUGUAAUGAUUUCUUAUAAAACACGGCAGGAUAUUGUAACACCCAAAUAUCUCCAGUGGUUUUCCAAAGUCAGGAUGUUUCCCUUAUAUGUUAAUUAUAUGCCUCCCACGUGCACUUAAAGGCGUGAGCUAUAUGGGAUGAUGAGUGAGUCAGACCAUAUCCGAUCUACACCCAUUACAAUGAUCUGUGUUUUCUCUCGUCUAGGAACAUUACAAUAAAUUAACAUAAAACAUCUAACCUGCUCCAUAAUGCAUUUGCUAGUUUUGAACACAGCUGUUUGAAUUUUAAAUAUCGUUUGGUGUUGGGGAGAAUAUUAUUUUAUUAUUGCAAUGAUACUAUUGACCUAAUUACUAAUCUAAUUAAGUGAAGAAACAGAUACUUUGUUUAGAUAUAUGUUCAGAGGAAAACACAAAAUGGUUGUGGGAAGGCUAGAAUAUUACUAAUAUACACUAAAACACUAAUCACACAUAAUUGAAACAUACCCUCCAUUUGCUGGGUAGAGAUAGUAUCCAGUAUAGGACAAACUAUACAAUCUUCAGUACUUUAAUAAGAUUGAAAACAAUAUAAAAAGAUUCAUAGUAUAGGACCUCACAAGACAGAAAUGGGUUACAAAUACAUUGCACUUACAACAUCAAAAGCCAUGGAGACAGAAACAACUUUAACAAAGCUUCUGUUUAAAGGGACACUAUAGUCACCAGAACAACUACAGCUUAUUGCAUUUGUUCUGGUGAGUAGAAUCAUUACCUUCAUGCUUUUUGCAGUAAACACUGUCUUUUCAGAGAAAAUGCAGUGUUUACAUUACAGCCUAGUGAUAACUUCACUGGCCACUCCUCCUUGGACAGUGGUGCAGAGUAAGCAGCACUGCAAUUCAGUGUCUCCACCACCUGCAUGCAGUCACUGAACUUUCCUCAUAUAGAUGCAGUGAUUCAAUUCAGCUCCAUGAGGAGAUGCUAAUUGGCCAGGGCUGUGUUUGACUUGUACUGGCUCUGCCCCUGAUCUGUCUCCUUGACAGUCUCAGCCAAUACUAUGGAGAAACAUUUUGAUUGGCUCAGACCACCACUUCUGAUGAUGUCAGCAGACCGAGGCAGUUCAGGGGCAGAGGCAGCAGCUUAAGACUUGAAUACAAGUAAGAUUUUACUAUAUUUAGGGAGGCAAGAGGGUUACCAGGGGGGCUUGAUGGUGGUUUUAACACUAUAGAGUCAGGAAUACAUGUUUGUCUUCCUGACCCUAUAGUGUUCCUUUAAAGCAGAUUCCCUCCAGUAAAUUGUGACAAAGUGCCCUUCGCCACUUGUGCCUGGAGAGGACUAAUUGCCAGCCUCCUGCCCUGCGACCAUGGCCCCUGGAAGAUUUUGCCCUUUAAAUACGUUAUUUGGGCAUAGUGGAUUUUAUUAGACUGGUUCUGGCCCUUUAAAUGCUCUGACAAAGGAUCUGCAGUUUUGCUAUGCACUUCGGAUGCAGAGUGUGAAGAAAACCCCUGUUUUAUGGACUUAGUUAGACUGUUUUAUUCCCCCCAACCCCCUCUUAGAACACCAGUUUUAACCCUUAAUAACUGUCAUAUUCCCAAACUCUGUCUGACCCUUAUAACUGUCAGUUUGUUUUCCUCUGAGGAGGAGUUGUUUUGCUGCAUGAGUGCUGUUGCCUUUGUGUGCUCAUUAAACAGACCUGCUUGACCCUUUCUUGAAGCCUUGGUUCAUGCUUGGGGGAUGGGAUAAGUCUGCAGUGCUGAUGGUGUCGGUUGGAGUGCUUGGAGACCUCGGCAAGCACUAGGAGCAUCGAUUGGCGGAGGUACUCGGUCGGAGUGCCAGGGGGUCCGUCACAGGUAUCAAUGGAGUAAAGGCUCCGUUAUAAAUCCAUGAUACCAGCUAAUAGAAGGGAAUAUGCAAACCUAACUCCAACCGGUUUCGGUUGAAGUGACUUUAUCAAGGGGAACUACAUAAUCCAGGUCCUCAAUCCAUUGAUUCGGACACCUCUGUGGUCAUAUUGGGAUCCGGACAUGUAUCCCAUACGGAGUAACUUUACUGUACAAUUUACAGGCGAGAGGAAGAUGGUAUUGUUUGCCCUAUAUUGGAUACUGCCUCUGCUUUUAUUAAACAUUCUAGCCUUCCCACCCAUUUUGUGUUUUCUCUGGUGUAUACUUUUUGGGUUUUGGAGUUAGCCUGAGUUGUUGAGUGAAGACACUUUAUGAAAGUUAUCACAUAGCCUGACCUUUGAUUCUUUUUUCGAUAUAUUUUGUUGGAUUGUAAAGAUACUACAUGUGCAUCUUCCUCUACUGAAACUGGUCUACCAUAUAGCAACAUGUGUAUUGUUCCCAAAAUUAAAACUGUUCAAUGUUCUGAAAGCACACUUACAUUAUUCAUUUAAACUUUAUUUUCAGUAUAUAUAUUGUGUAUACUCACUGAUGUUUUUGCCAUUCUCUCCCCCCAAUUUUCCAACAGUUAUCAAAGGAAGGCUUGUUUCAAAAGCUUUUAGAAGGUAAAGAAGAGAAAACAUCGGACAAUGCUUAUGACUAUGACCUGAUAGUGAUUGGUGGUGGCUCAGGAGGUCUCGCAGCUUCUAAGGUAAAGACACUGGCUGGAGGUUGGCAAUAAAUUAUUCGUGAGUGGUUAAACAAUACAUGUAACUCUGCCUUUUCGCAAAUCAAAACGUGGAAUGAUUUUCACUCACUUGCUUGAGUUUCCUAACACGUUAACAAUCUCCAAGAGUCUGACAUUUGCUCUAAAACAUAUAGCAGUUUAUUCACUAAACUGAAAAAUUCAGAGAAUUGCUAAAAUUGCACAUAGUAAGUCAAUUUGUCAUAUGCCAACUGAUCCAGGCUUUUAAUGGUUCUCCCUUUCCAUUUAUAAUGGCCCUAGCACAGUGGUUUUCUUUUGUGUGGGGGCAUAUAGUCAUCUAGUGGGCACAUGUCUGGAAUAUUUGUGCACCCUCUCCACUCUUACUGUCUUUACCAAUCUCUUACCCCAAGAGUAUAUUUUUACCUCUCAAACACCUGCCUUUUAUGCCCAUGUGUGGGUUCCCAUUGACGGUUGGCUCAGUGUCCACUGAUUAAAGGUUUACUACAACCAUUUACCAAACAAAGUUUUUUUGAAUUCGAACUGCCCUGUUGGACACUAUAACAAUUGUCCACCUCCCCUUUUUUGUCAUAAAAGAGGAUUUUAUUUACCUGGAAUCCAGCAUCGGGGGAACCUCCCGACACCAUUUUCCACACCCCUUCAUGACGUCAGGGCAUCCGUGCAAUGUCCAAUCACAGGCUUAUUCACAUACAAAAUAUAUAUAUAUAUAUAUAUAUAUAUAUAUAUAUACGUAAAAUAUGCACAGAAUUGACAUUAGGGCCUGGAACAGAGCUCUGGAUGGAUAAAUCAUGUAUGCUGGGGGGUGUAACUAGUUAUGGGAAGUAUAUUUCUUCUUUUUGAAGGGUGCAUUACCUUAAACACUGACUGGCUGCCUUCUGCGCAUGACAAAAAAAUGAAUGACAAACACCUACACCUGUCAUCUUCUAUUCACACAAAAGAAGCAGCCAUUUUGGAAUAUUUCAAUGUUUCUUCUUUCUGUUAACAGGAGGCCACACAAUAUGGCAAGAAAGUAUUGGUACUAGACUACGUUACCCCAUCUCCGCUAGGAACACAAUGGGGUAAGAAUUUGCUAUACUCAGCAGAGCAUGUUUUAUAGUUUUUUUUAAUUAACACUAUGUUUUGUGCUAUAUGUACCAUUUUACUUCUACAUAUUGUUGUAGCUGUUUAAAUGGCUGUGCGUAGAGCUCUGUGUAGUACUGAACUUUGCAAUGUGUUUACUUUCAUUUACGUUACUAUACAGAAUGCAAUGCUGUAUUUCAUCUAAAUUCAGUAUGCUAAAAUACUUCUGUAUAUGUUGCUUCAUACCAACGUAUUGUUUUAUUAUAUAUAUCAUGCAAAUGGGAAUCUUUAGUUUUUGCCUUUUUGCCUAAAAGCUUAUGGCAGUUAUGUAUAAAGUACAAUUCUGGGAUGAAGUUUUAACGCAGACGCUAUCGAUUGGAACAUUCCACUGGUUUCCAAAAUGAUUGGCACAAAGUUUAAAAAGCACCACACUACAUUUUGAAUAUUGGCACAAAGUUUGACUUUUACAUAAUCCUUAUGUAUUGAAAUGUUCAAAUACAGCUGAAAACAAGAAAAAAUGUAGCUUUAUAAUAGCUUUCAUUAUUCCCCACAUUAUAGAAAAUGUUAUAUCCAAUCUUCAGUAUUGGGCUACUGUAGCAAAUGGGAACCCCCAGACACGCCACCUACUGGACAUUUCAGCAAAGUUCCGUUUGUUACAGAAACAAUAAUAAAUUGAUGAUAUUACUCUUUAUUUAUCCCAGGCCUUGGAGGAACAUGUGUAAACGUGGGCUGUAUUCCCAAGAAGCUAAUGCACCAGGCAGCCUUACUGAAGCAGGCAUUGAAAGAUUGUCAGAAGUUCGGCUGGCAGGUGGAUAGUAAUAGUAAGCCAUUCUCAAACCAUUUGUCUAUAAACAGCUUAGCUCUGAUGGGCCCCUUUCGCUGAUAAAGAAUGUGAUCCAUUACAAGUUCUAGAUUGAUGCAAGGAUUUUUGAAAGCAGGUCCUACAAUUUCCUUGAUGCCACAGCUACAUGUCUCUGUGUAAAUCCUAUAAUGGAUAUAAAGAACGUACAAUCAUGAUAAGUGGACAAUACAUGUUGGAGAUGACAUAUUCGUUUUAUAAAAACAUAUGCACCGACUAAGCCCAGAUAGUGAUUAUACUCCCUUUAAACUUCUGCAAUUUAAGCUAUUAUGUCAAACAGUUUACACAUAACGGGGCAACACAUUUUAUACUGCAGACUGUACAACACAUAAAGGAUAAGUUAAUAAUAUUUUUAUUGAUCAGCUGAAAAAUAAAUUUUGACCCCCACAAAUGACGAAUUUAUAGCAAAGAUGCACAGUUGAAUAACAUUUCUAACUUUGGAUGUCUGCUGACAAAAUCAAAUGUGUGGUAUGUUGAAAGUUAACUUGCAAAACGGACUAAAAUAGUUAAUACAAAAAAAAUAAUAUGAAAGUCACCAAAACUUGCUUAUAUUGAUAUGCUCUGUUAUAUUUAUAUAUAUGUUCAUUUAUUCAUCACUGUCAGCGGAGGGCUGGAAUGGGGAAAAGGGUGUGCAAUUGUCAACAUAAGCCCUCCCCCCCCCGCACACCCCAGACCACUAGAAUGCCAUAAUAUAUUAUGUGGCUUAUUCUGUUACUAUUGUUAAUAUUAUUGUGUUUUAGGUCUUACAUUGUUAGUAUAAAACAUUUAAAGGGUUAACUACUAAAGUGGGAAUUACUGGAAAAAAGUGAAUUCAAACUAAGUUUCAAAUUCAAAAUCAGAAUAGCCAAAAUGAAAAUAGAAAUUAGCCGAAAUAUUGGCCAAUGUAGCAAUCUUGGCCUAAAUAACCUGCUAAUAUAAAAUUAAAAAAAUAAGUGGGGUAUGUUGUGACAAUCCACUAAUUAGAUAUGAGAAUGGGCAAUUUCUUUGUAGUAGCCCCUAAAGGUCAAAUAUAGUCACCCCUCUAAUGAUCACGGUGGCAUGUUUAGUUGUACAUUCAUUAAUCCUUGCUGAAUAAAUGACUUUAUAGUAGUAUAUUUUUUAUUUUCACACUUUCAGUUAAUAAUUUCUUUAAAUUAAAUUUAAAAUGUACCUUUGUAUUGUGUUUUGCAAUCCUCCAGUACAGCACAGCUGGGAGACUAUGACAGAAUCUAUUCAGAGCUACAUUGGUUCUUUAAAUUGGAACUACAGGGUCUCGCUGUUGGAAAAGGAAGUGAAAUAUGAAAAUGGAUACGGGGAGUUUGUAGAACCACACAAAAUUAAGGUAUUUCAUGAUGUCAUAUUAAGGCAUGUUACAAAAAAUGUCAGCCAGUGACAGAUCCAGAUUUUAAAGGGCUCACGUUUUAAAUAUUUUAAAAGGCCACAAGUUGUAGAAAUCAUUACAAACUAAUAAAUGUGUAUACUUACAAUGGUUUUUUUUAAGGAAUAAUAGGAAUUGACAUAGAACUGUACAGUAUUCCACUUAGUACAUUUAAACUACCGGAAUGUCUGUAUUUAAUAAUUCAGAACAAAGAAGCAAUUUUGUUCAAGGGCCCUUUUUUUUAUUAUAAUGUGCCACCCAUAGGCAUUGCUAGGCAGAGAGUUUGGGGGCUGAAUCCAUGGGUGUUGGAUUCUCUACCCCCAGAUCUCUACACGUAGCAGAAGGGGCAAGAUGAUAAUAGUUUUUUAAAAUGAUUAUUUAAUUAUUUAUUAUUUUUUUAUUAUGCAUUAUAAUUUAUUUAACUCAAAGCAGCCACCUGUUAUAAAAAGAAAGAUCACUACUUUACUGUUCUGCAAGAAAACUGCCAGACGGGUGCUUGCGAACAGAGCUUUGUUAGGUAUCCCUCCUAUAUGUUAGAGUAGUAGUUGAGUUUUGCUUUGGACCAAAGUCCCAGGUGUUUCUAGAACCCAGCAACACAUCUGAUAACAUCACAUGCCCUUACUAUACUUUGAGUGUUUGAUUUGAUCUACUUUUAUAAAAUGUAAUGAUCUCAUCUUACUCACACAAAGUCAACGACAUUUUCAAAGUUAAAAAUCUUUAAUAGGAGCAUAUUUUUCUUUAUAGACAACAAACAGCAGAGGAAAAGUCAAGUAUUUUACAGCAGAAAAAUUUAUCAUAGCUACAGGAGAACGACCUCGAUACCUCGGUAUAAAUGGCGACAAAGAAUACUGCAUCACAAGGUACUCGUUUAGAAGAAGCAAUUAUAUCUACCUAGUGCUGGUCAUACCUCACAAUACUGAAUACUGUCAGAAUUAUGGCAGACCCUGAUUUGAUCAUUUGUGUAUUGCAGGAGAAUUAUUAAUGAACUCUUUAUAUGAGACUUACUUUUAUGUGGCAGGGUUCUGUCACUGAGGGAUUUCUUUUCUAAUAACGUAUGAAUGAAAGACAUAAAAUCAGCAGACACAGAAAUUGUAAUGUGUUCCAGGGUAGUAAAUUCACUCAAUCAUGCAACAUCCAUCCUUCGUAAUGACAUUCUACGUGCACUUUGCCAUUCCAUCAAGUUUUGCCAUUUAAUUACGUAGAAUAUAGACCUUGUUUUAAGAGACAAUCACAGUAUUAAGUUAAAUAUCACACAUUAUUAAAUAAUUACGUAUUUCAUUAGCCAUUUAGAGUUUACAUUGCUUCAAUGCCUCAGAUAACAUUUUAUUAAUCGUGUGUAUUAUAAAAAAAAUCUUUAGCAAACUUCACUUAGUCAAUAGUUUAUGUUCCUAAAGCGUACUUUUGGCAAAUUAAUGUAGAACACUAUGCACUUAUUUUUGGAAUGGAAUAUAAUAUCAUAAUAGCACACAAAAAGUAAUUGCAAAUUUUAUGCAAAAAUAUCCAAAACGGAGAAAGAGUUGAUGAUUUAAUGGUGAUGUACUGUUAGCUACUUUGGCUUAAGGGAACACUCCAAGCACCACAACCACUUCAGUGCACUGUAGGAAUUAUGGUGCUUGGAGUUGGAGUUUUUCUUUAAAGAUCUACAAUUCCAUUGUUAAUGAUCACAAUUACAAGUUUAGCAGUGUCUGCAGUGUUUUCAUUUUGCUAAUUUUCUUGAAAUCCUCAUGCGACAUUAGAUUUUGUUGGACCACUACUUAGACUGGAUUGCAAUAUACAUGCUUUUUUGAUUUUCGGUGAUCUUUUCCCUUUACCAUUUUUGUCAGUAAAACAUCUGGGGGGUUUUCUAACUCUUAACCAAUUAUUUAUUUAUUUUCUUGCAGCGAUGAUCUGUUCUCGCUCCCAUACUGCCCUGGUAAGACUCUAGUUGUUGGGGCGUCUUACGUUGCCUUAGAAUGUGCAGGUUUCCUGGCAGGGCUUGGCUUGGAUGUUACUGUAAUGGUUCGUUCAAUUCUAUUAAGAGGAUUUGACCAGCAAAUGGCCACAAAGAUUGGUGACCACAUGGAAGAACAUGGAGUAAAAUUCAUCAGACAGUUUGUGCCAACAAAGGUACAGUUUCUUCUAUGUGCUUCGGCACAUUAUACAUUUUAGAAUAAAGGUUUAUUUAUGCUGUUUUUAUUUUUUGCUUCGCACAGUAUCACAUCGUUCUAUGCGCAUAAAUAUACAUUAGCGCAAUGCCAGAAGUUUCUCCUAGUGCAGUCCGCACACUAGAAAGAGAAGGAAUCAGGAACUACUGUCAUAUAGUACUUUUAAAACAAGUGAAAUUGUUUGUUGAUUAAUGAAUUAAAUUGAUAAAUUCUUUUAGCCGUUACUUUCUCUUUAUACUGAAAAAGCACAGUUCUAUUUCAAAAUAAAUAGGGACAUACAUACACGAGAUAUAAUAGAUUGAUACGUUUCAUUCGCUAUUCAAAAGUCAGAUUAAUAUGGUAUUAUUUUUAAUCAUUCACCCUCUUCUAGUUAUGUAGGCACUGUUUUGUUUUUAAUAGACAUUCAAAGCAUAAGUUUCAUAGAGAAUGAAUAUGGCAUGAUACGUUUGUAAUUAUUUGUUGUAUAUCUUGCAGGCACAGUUCAUGUUAGUACAUAGUUUGUGUGUCCGAUUUCAUAUGAGUGUUGAAGAACACAUCAAAAUACACACUGUCUUGCAAACACUUUCAGAACAGGGCCAGUUUUCUUUUAUUCCUGAAAUAGAAUAAUGAUACUACUAUCUUCUUGAUCGUUUGCAUACAGUAAAUAUAGAUGCCGGGCUAAAUCCAGACAUCUGUAUUACAAAUUAUAUUGCAUGAUGCUAUUGUUGCUUUUAUGCUCUGAUAUGUUCCUGUCUCCUACAAAUAUUGUAGAAGAAUCAUGUUUUCUUUUUUUUUGGUUAUUUUAUAAACUUUUGUAUGUGUUUUUUUUUUUUUUUAGAUAGAGCAGAUAGAAGCUGGGACACCUGGAAAAUUAUUGGUAACAUCUCAGUCAACUGAUGGAACAGAGAUAACUGAAGAAUAUAAUACGGUGAGUGCACUUGUGCCUCUCUAUAUUUACAAUAUAAACGUUUACUUAGUGUAAUGGUAAACAGGCGUGUGACUCUUUAAAGAUUCAAAUGUAAGUUGACUUAUUGAAGAAUACAACACUUUGUCACUGAUGCCUUGAUCCUUUUCUGUGUUUUAGGAAAUGUUUUGUUGAUCUGUUUUAUGGGAUAUGCAUUGUGAAACAUUUUACAACAAUGAAAUGAUCCUGUGCUCCUAUUGCAUUGUAGGUUUUGUUAGCGAUUGGAAGAGAUGCAUGCACGAGGAGGAUUGGUUUAGAAAUACCAGGAGUAAAGAUAAAUGAGAAGUAUGUAAACCUUUUUUUUUUCAAGAUAUUAACAAAUGUAAUUAUUUAUAAUUAUAUGUAAUUGGUAAAAAGGAUUUAAUAGAAGUGCGUCAAUUGAAAUUAAAUAUAUACACAUCCCACUGAUUGAAAAAGCUGUUGACUUCUUGUGAUUUGUACAGUUUUGUUAAUGUAUAGGUCAACAGAGGCCUGUUUGCAUUUACCUUCUAUGUUUUCAUAUCCCUCUUCUAAGACUCAACUUUCAUUGCAAAUGCAAAUUCUAUGACUUUUUUUUAUAACCUAAAUCUUCCAUUCUCCUUAUUAAUUGUGUAGCCUCACUCAUAGUGCUUUCUUGAAACUGAUGCCAAAAAAGAUUGCACUGUAAACAAAAAUAUUUUGGUGUGAAAAUAAGGACUUUACAAAUUCUUUUGACGAGUGCAUUUCACAAUUUUUCUUGGGAACCCUCUUUUUACAAAUUUUCUUGUGUUUUGCUCCAUCAGGACAGGGAAAAUCCCAGUCAAUGAUGAGGAGCAGACAAAUGUGCCGUACAUCUAUGCGAUUGGGGAUGUGCUGGAAGACAAGAUAGAGCUCACUCCUGUUGCUAUUCAGGCAGGACGACUCUUGGCAAGGAGGCUAUAUGGCGAUUCAAAGUUAAAGGUUAGUUCCUCUUCAUUCAAGCAAUAGUAAAUAAGAAGAGGACAUUACAGUUCAUAGCUCUGAUGUACAUUUUGUUUGAUAAGAACUACUGCACCUAAUUCCCUGGGUUGUAAGUCAAGAACUGGUGCAGAACUACAUAAAGGUUGAAUGUAUUUUUCUACAAGUAGAUUAAUAAAAGAAAGAACAAAUGUUUGUGUUUCUACAUUUUUGUUAUAUGUUAAUGCUUACGUCUCUCUUCUCUAUUGAAGAAUUUUUUUUUUUAAUAUUAUUAAGGUUGUACGAUGCAGGUAUGCUAUUGGACCAUAGGGGAAGAACAGCAGAAGGCCUUCUUCCCGUAGAUAGACAUCCAAUGUAGUUGGCCCAUUGUUUCGACACACUAAUACUCCUACACACUAAUGAUGACAGGGUUGUAAUGCCACAACAGCAGUAGAGGUGUCGAAUAACAAAGGAACUAUCUCUCAGUGGAUACAUUUGUGCUCUAUUUCAUUGUUUUAUUUUAUGGAAUUACCAGAAUUCUGUCAGGGGUUUCUGGUCUUCUUAUUGUGAAUGUCUACCAUGUGUGCCAUGUCCGCACAUUAACCUUCUUUGCUUUACUCCUUAGUUAUAAGUCGUGGCAGCAUGACCAUUUAGUUUUAACCUCCAGAGUAAUAGAAUAGAAACAGCUUUUAUAUGAUAUCAACAAGAGGCUAAAUUUCAAAGUAAAAUAUUUAAUACACUGGAAAUGUGAAGCUUUGAAAAGGCAAAAUAAAUAAAUAAUAUUACAUAAUGGUUAACGUCAGUGCAACAUACAUUAACCCCAAAUAGAUGCUUGAUUUGCCUGCUCAUUAGUGAAAUAUGAAGAUUGUAGCCUGUCAGAAUCAAGAACGAAAGCAUUUCAAUGUUCUAGCUAAUUGGCAGGUGUUAUAAUUCCUUCUUUCGUCCUAAUCAUAGUAUGUGUGAGGUGUGCUCCUGGUAUAUUAUUACCUGCUUGUUGAUGUAAUGAAUCACUGUGGAAAAGUCUUCCUGUGGCUGUCCAAUUCAUUUCUCAGCUCGCUUGCUCUCAGAAGAAGAAUAUGCUGGUACGGCAAAUAAAUAUAAGAUCCGAGCCUCUCUUUUCAAUUCUAUCUCAUUAGUGGUUUUAAAGAACUCUGCUGGGUUUCAGCUUGCUGUUUUGUCAGGAAGAUUAAUCUGAAUUUUCAGAUGUUGUUGAUCCGAGUAUUAACACAAGUGUAAUUUUAUAGGAUAUAGCAAAAAAUGAAAGUAUGAUGAAUUGGAAAGCCUAUAACUUCUUGUAAAAUGCCAGUAUCAUACUGCUUUUUUCAAUAUCAGAAUUCUAUCUGAUAGUCCAGGGGUGGUCAAAAGGUUCACCUCCAGCCAGGUAUUUCAACUCCCGGGAUAUGUAACAGCUGAUAUUUACCUUUAAGUCAUGCCGGUUAAAGUCUAAUAAUAGAUGUGUUGUGGACUACAUCUCCCAUGAUGCGUGGCAAGCAUUAUGGCUGUGAGAGCAUUAUGGGAGAUGUAGUCUACAACAUCUGGAGUGCUGAAGGUUGGCUACCGCUAGUCUAAAGUGUUUACCACAGUCAUGAAACAGUUACAAGUAAAAAACAUUAAAGGACCACUAUAGAAACAUAGAAACAUAUACUGUGAUGGCAGAUAAGAACCAUUUGCCCCAUCUAGUCUGCCCAAUUUUCUAAAUACUUUCAUUAGUCCCUGGCCUUAUCUUAUAGUUAGGAUAGCCUUAUGCCUAUCCCACGCAUGCUUAAACUCCUUUACUGUGUUAACCUCUACCACUUCAGCUGGAUAGCUAUUCCAUGCAUCCACUACCCUCUCAGGAAAGUAAUACUUCCUGAUAUUAUUUUUUUUUAUUCUUUAUUUUGGUUGUGCAGGUGGUUACAGAUUAUUAACGGACGCCACAACAGCGUAUUUCAAUGUUACAGUAGUUAUGCAGUGGCAUAAAAAUUGCACAUUUUUUAUAUUAUGUAAUGGAUAUCAUGCUUAACAAAACGGCUACGUUGUCAAACAAAAGAAAAAAAAAUGGUUAGUUAACGUAAAGUAAAACAAGAUGUAGAACAACUGAUAUUAUUUUUAAACCUUGUCCCUCUAAUUUAAGACUAUGUCCUCUUGUUGUGGUAGUUUUUCUUCUUUUAAAUGUACUCGGUUUCCUGGCACUAUAGUGCCCUGAGGGUGCCCCCACCCUCAGGGUCCCACUCCCGUGGCGCUGAAGGGGGAGGAAGGAGUUAAUCUCUUACCUUUUUUCCAGCGUUGGGCUCCCUCGGCGCUGGGACUCUCCUCCCUCUUCUGACGUCCCUGGCUGAAUGCACAUGCGCGGCAAGAGCUGCGCGUGCAUUCAGCCAAUCCAUUGGAAAGCAUUCUCAAUGCUUUCCUAUGGACGCUGGUGUCUUCUCACUGUGAAAAUCACAGUGAGAAGCGCAGAAGCGCCUCUAGCGGCUGUCAAUGAGACAGCCACUAGAGGCUGGAUUAACCCAUGUGUUCUCUGAAACUGCUAUGUUUACAGCAAAAAGGGUUAAACCUAGCUGGACCAGGCACCCAGACCACUUCAUUAAGCUGAAGUGGUCUGGGUGCCUAUAGUGGUCCUUUAAAGUGUUAGGAUGCUGGUUGUUUACCUAAAAGAGGACCUUGCAAUCCUUAAAUGUGCACAGUUACGUUUUGUAGCCUUUCUCAAAGAGAUGGUAGCAGGUGUCACAAUGUCAUCUCAUAGGGUGGCUCGUCAAUCACAGACCUCUCUCUGAAAUCAGCUUAAUAAAGUAAUGGAUGAAGAAUUAUUAAAUCCCAAAUCUAGCUUUGUGAGCAAUAGUCACGUUAGAUUAAGCCACUAUCUCAAGAGCGAUAUCCAAGGCAGCAUCAGUUGUCAUGUAUUUUACCUUGCUAAUUUCUUUAGGGAUCAAUUCCUUUCAUUUAAGGAACAUUAGUUAGGCUGAGUUUGACGGAUCCAUGAAUGCUAGUUUAUUGAAGUUAUGCAUCAACUCUGCUAUGUCGGCAUUGAGGAAUUUGAACUUCUGUAUUGAUUGAAAAUGUCAAAUGUUUAAAGAUUCCGAAGAUUCCUUGUUCUAAGAAUUCUACUGCAAAGUCUAAAAGUGCAACAGUCACCAUGGGACUUCACACUUAAUACAUCACCCCAAAAACCUAAUUGAAUUCAGGGUUCUACAAGUAACCUAAGCAAUAAGGAAGCUUGUUCAACUGUUCUUUCCACGUUUAAGAAUAAUCAGUAACCUCUAUACUCACUUAUAAUGAUGGCAGACUAACAAGGGCAGACUUUAGAUAUACUAUAACUCAGGAGAUUCCACUUGACAGAAGAGAAGAUACUCUAGUAGCCAGAUCUGAAAGUUCUCUGUUAAAUAAUUAUCAAAACGAAUUAUGUGGAAUCGGAUUUUAACUGUUUGCUUUGUAUUUUACAGUGUGACUAUGUCAAUGUACCGACAACAGUGUUUACGCCACUGGAAUAUGGCGCCUGCGGCCUGUCAGAAGAAAAUGCGAUCCUCAAGUAUGGAGAAGAAAACAUAGAGGUACAAGAAGUAACUGCUGCAAACUAUAGAGGGGGAUAUAUAUAAAAAGGCGGUUUAGGCUGUUUUUCUGGAGCAUUUCCUAAUUGCGUCUAUUAAUUCCGUUAUUUUUGCAAAAAUAUUUCUUACCGAGUUUCUUUUGUCAUUUAAGAGGCACCAAUGUAUAAAGGGUGGAUUGACAGUUUAAUAUAAGAAAAUGGCGCAUGCACACAACGGUGCAAACCUUAAAGUGGAUGUGACAUGUUUUAUACAUAAACCCUGCAGAAUCUCAGAAAACAGCUUACUAUUACAUAGACAUUUGAAACCACAUUGACUAGAAUUAACAAAUUACGCCAUUCUAAUGCUGAGUGUCAUUAUUUCAUAUCCAAAAUACGACAACAUACAGCCUUAAUUACAUAGAAAAGUCGGUAGGCAUGAAGAGUAUCAACUAGCGCUGUGUGUUAGCUUUAGAUACGCAGGCCGUGUGGGAUCCCUGGAUAGCAUAAACUAUAGAUGUUCUUGAUUCAUACUCAAUGACCUAUAAACAAAUGUAUUUGUAACUCUGCAUGACACAUAAAAGCUUCAGAGGAAUUAGAGCAAAGCUCCUCUAAGGCACAUAAGAAAUACAGAAAUAUAAUCUAAAAGAAGACAUUCCAUGGGAUUAUUUUAUUCCUGCUCUAUACCAGAGUAUACUAUAUCCAGCUGUUCUUGAACUACUGUUCCUUUAAUGCUUUGUCCCUCAAGAGGACGUCAAGGCAUUGUUGAUGUUCGACAGCAGCUGGAGAGAUUCAGGAUGGACAUCUUGGGUCUAGAGCACAGAUAAAGCAGACCUAGACAAUGAACAGGCAAGUGAAUAGGGGCUCUGUUGAAAAUAAUUGCCUAAAAAUCAUUAAAACAUCAGAAUAUUGAGCUAUUUGCAAAUUACUUAGUAUCCAUGGUGACACUUUACGUGCCUUAAACAGGAAGGAACAUCCAAAUUCGGCAUCGUCUUGUUUCUCUCCAUAAGCACAUUAAAGCAAGCAGACCGAUGCAGUAGUGUGUAUUUAGUUUAUUCAUUUUGGUACAAUUGAUGAUACCCGUCAGUAAGUGUGUAGACAUUUAUGUACAUAGCUCAGACAUCCUUAUUAUUUUACAACAGUAGGCAUGUCUUCAAACUGGCCCGCCUGAUUUCAAAUAGAUAUUGUUCUACGGGUUAAAUCAUAAAUAUCAGUAUAUUUGUUUGGUUUUUCAUUUUUGUUUUAGAACAUUAAACCUCUGGAAUAAUAGAGAAUUGUGAGUUUAAACUUAGAUUUGCGUAGACGUGACAAGAGAAUUGAAAGAUAGUUUGAAAGUUGAGUUUUCCAAAAUUUUGAACUAUUUGACUAAUUUGACCUUCGGCCUCUCGAAUUUGGACACAGGUGGAAAACAAAACACUUAAAUAUAUACUUUGUUCUUUUCAGGUCUAUCACAGUUAUUUUUGGCCUCUGGAAUGGACGGUGCCCGCAAGAGAUAACAACAAAUGCUACGCAAAGAUCAUCUGCAAUUUAAAAGACAAUGUAAGUUUGGGGUGGUGAACUGCAUGUGUGUGCUAUGCGACUGAAUCUCAUUACUGAGAAGCACUGCUCAUCGAUUGACAACGCACUUUGCCAUCUGUGCUCAUGCCUAUCACAUAAUUUAACCCAUAAGGCAUAUGAAAAACGAGCAAACCUAUGACUACUAUACAAUCACUCAAUAGAUGUAGAGUUGAAAAAACACCUCCAUAAAAAUAUAAACAGUAGCAUUAUAGAAGUAUAACAGUUCAAUUUUUUUUCUUUUUGUUUUAUUACAUUUAUUGAAAUUUUUUAAUUUGCAUCUAUUUACAAUGUAUUUUUCUAUGGUAAAUCUGAGUGUAGUGAUGAAAUGGGGGAGGCUUCAGUUUGCAAUUGGUAGCAAAUGCUUUAUAAUAAGAAGCAGAAUAUACUACGGUGCCUUUACAGAUUUAUAUUUUAACUCAUUGUUUCAUCCGUCUCCUUGAAUCCAAUUUAAGCCAAUCCCGCUCUUUACAAUAUCUUUUUCCCUACAUUACAGCAGAGACAUUUCAAAGGAAACAAUAAGAAAAAAGACCACCUACCUUCAUUACUGUAUUAUGCAGAUGAUGCAUUAAUAUAAUGUAAAACAGGUUUAUACGUUUUUGGAUUAUAAAUGCUUAUUGUUAAUGUAACAUAAAAUGGACAUUGAGUAGAAAACGCUGAUGUUCCGUUUUAUUUAAUCACAUCUCCACUGCUGGAGGUCACAGCAAAGUAUUGAUUAGAUUUUUGUAGAGAUUAUCACCUUGUCAAUACACGUGUCAGAUCUCACCCCGUAACAUCCAUUCUAUGCAAAUACAAAAUGCAUCUAUAAUUAUAGGACCAAGGGAUUUAAUUACAAUAAACGGGAAUAAAGUGGGAACGAUGGAUAUGCUCCAAUUCUUUUCAAACUUACACCAAAAUGCCCAAACUUGAAAGAAAAAUACCACCAAUUAACCCAUUUUUACAACUGGGCCAUUUUAGUCUAAAUUUGCCUGUGUCUGGAGCUGGCUAAGAGUUGACGCCCCAUCUUUCCAAGCAGAAGAUACAAUCCAUGGUAUAUAAAAUACAACCAGAAAAAAAUGAAUAGUGCAAUCACCUAAAUUCCAAUAUACAUAUAUAUAUAUAUGAGGAGUGAGAUAUAUUGGUCACCUAAAAGGUUGGGAAAAAGAUCAAAAGGGUUUAUGUACGAACUGUGAAGAAUUGAAAAGGAAAUGGUGACUUUUUAAAAUUUGACUAUUUAUGCCUAAGAUUGGCAGUUUCCUUUACAAUGCUUCACAGUUUAUUGUCUAUUGAAUAUGUGGGCUAGUAAAUCACUUUCUUUGUGUUGGACGUUUAUGGAGAUUUUGUUAAAGGGCAAGUUUUACAAGAAUCAUAACUACUACAAAUAAUUUCAGUGGUUAUAAUGUAAGGUGACUAUGGUUUUUGUCAUCUCUCUCACUUGUCUGCAUUUGACAGAGUCAAAAGGGUAAAAGAUGAUUUGACACAGCCACAUCCUGCCUAUUGUUUUAAUAUUUUGGAAAUUUCAUCAUUAUAGUGUCCCGAGCAGAAAUUGGCGGACUUUAGGUAGUGUCAGGAAUUCUGUUUUUUUUAAUUUUAUUAUUAAACUGCUUGAAAAUUAUUGGUAAAAAACUUUUUGGACUGCAUACAAAGCCUCGCUGCACUAGUUACAGUGCUAGUGCUUAAUUAUGCAUUUUUUAAUUGGUGGUAUAUUUAAAGGCUGCGUAAAAGCUGCAGGUCUCUAUCUUCAAACCUUUGCAAGCCCUCCGCAUCUAAUCCCACCCACACUUUCUGUGGCUGUCCAAUCAUAGACUUGCCAAUACAGCUCAAUGAGAAGGCAGCUUUGCAAGGCAGCUGCUCUGGACAAUUGCUGCCUCUUGAGUUCAUCUCCACUGACCUAAACAAACUAGGAAGUAACAAGUUGUCUGUUUGAAAGCCAAGGAGGUGUAACCAAGUUCAUUAGCAAAAGUGCCAAUUUCUAUUGAAAUCUGCACUUUUUGCAAACAUGGGAAAAGGGGACACACUCUUCACAUAUAAAACUUUUCAGCAAGCUAAAGUGCUCUAGAGCUUCAGAGCGUAGUUCCUUUUUAAACAGUGAUGUUGGCCUACUGAUAAUUAGAGAGAUACAGUUGGCGUCUUCAGAAUAUAAAUAUAGAAAUAUCAAUUUUGAUCUUGGUUCUGCCGAUGUAGAUGCCUUGAGUAAAGUGCAGGCCCUAAAUUAUAGAAAUUCAAUUACAAUCAUUCACAAGUGAUGCGUACAGGGUAUAAAGUAACAGUAAGCUCUUCCUAUGCUGGGAAGCGAAAUCUAUUUGGGUUAAUAGAGAGGUGGUUUAUGCAUUCAGUUCAGGAAUUUUUCACCAGUACUGCAACAGAUUACUGAAAUAUUAAUGAAAAUUUUAGCUUAUAAAAGCCUUUUUGUAACAGAACUGUGAAUCAUUUUCAUAGGAAGAAACAGACCGUCACGUUCAAAAUAUAGUGUAAUAAGCUUAAAGCCCUGAUUCCUUCUUCAUCUUAACAAAUAUUUUUUUAUUUUACACUUUAAACUUAUAGGUGCUAUUCAUUGGGCCACAAUUUUAAUAUUAUAUUUCCCUACUGGGUUUUCUCUCUGUUACUUGAAUUUCAGCUACCACAAUAACAUUUUGCCAAUCUUUGAACAUAGAACAAAAAAAUCCAGAAAGUUAAUAAAUUGAGCAUUAAAACGAUAAUGAAUUAUUUAUUUCUGUUGGAGCCAGUGCAUGUCGUUAUGUGCUUAAAAAUAGUUUACUACUCUGAACAAGUUGGAAAAGAUUGGCAUCAUGGACUGGGAUGACUGAUCUACAACUGGCCAUAAAAUAGCAGAUAAUACUAUAGUCGUUGCAGUCAAUGACAAAAAUCAGCUUUUAUGGAUAGAACUUUCACUAUGACCGCAUGUAAUAUGCCUUGAGUCAGUGCAAUAGGUAUCGUAUCUAGGAUGUUAAAUAUAUCUUCUGAUGUGUAACAGUAUUAUAUUAGAGUGAUUUGGAACUUCAUUCUCAAUGAAGAUUACUAGUUAUACAUCAUUGUCUUCCGAGUGUUCAUACACUGACCUCACUAGAUAGCUAGCUAGAUAGGUAGACAGACAGAUAGAUAGAUCUAUCAAGGUUUGCAAGAGUGUCAUUAAGCAUUACUUUUGAGGGACUUCCUCUUGUACCCACAAAAAGAGAGAUUCCAGAGAAAUAACCUGGCAGAACAUUACAGGGACUGUCUUGCCAGAUCUGGGACACUUUGGAGGUAUGGUGCUCUUGAAUGACUGAAGCAUAGACUUUGUCAACAACAUACAAGAGUAAGUUGGUACAGAGUCUUCUCAAGAUUAAAUCUUAUCCUCCAUGUUUGUUCUUCAAGAUAGCUAGAUGCAAAUCUCAGACAUUACUGAAUACUAUUACCUUAUUAGCCUUUCAUGUUUCAACUGGAAGUCUAUUCCUGGUAUAUAUUACUCUAUAUCGAUAGUAGUAUUUUCUCACAGUACCCUUCAUUCCUGUUACAAUACUGAUACUAAUAUAUUGAUUCUAAAACACAUUUUACUAGUAUGUGUGAUUGGCGCACUUUGUUAUAUCUCCAAGAAUAUUCAUGUCUCAGCUACGAAUCCAUUUUCCUGUUGUCCAAACCCCUGGUUUUAUUCAUGCUACAUCGGAUAACUAUGAAAUAAAUUACAAAGUCAAGUCAGGAAGAAAAAGAAAAUGGCAAAAUCAAAUUAUCAUUCUCCUUGGUAGCUGGCUGCCACCUUGCACGACUCACCUGUGUUGUGCUUGGUAUGGUAAUGUGACAGGUCAUAAUCAUAAGGAUGAUAAAUAGCAAGCAAAGGUACAGCAUCAAUUCUAAUAACCUGACUCCUGAAGGCUGCUGACCGUGAUAAAAUAGGCUAACGUAUUUGCUGCAUAUCCAGCAUAGUGAUUACCUUAGAGAAUAGAGCCUCUCCUUUUAAAAUGCUCAAAUGCCCACAGUGACAUCUGCAGAAUGUCCCGCAUUGUCACUUUUGUCACUCGCAGUGCAUGACAGUAGUGGUAAACGUGGAGUGAUACUUGCUGGAGUUUGUAUGUAAAAGUAGUUGUUUGCCAAUUGUUUAAUCUCUUGUGAUGUCUCAAUGAGCGGUCUGUAUUGAGGAGUUAUAGACUUAGGUUGUUUUAAUCUUAAAGUUUCCUCUAAGUAGGUUGUUAUAACUGAUUGUAACUGCAGAUUGUUUACAGUCCCACUCAGUAAUAGACAAAAGGCUUUACAGUGGCAGUGGGACCACGUUCAGGAACAUGUAUUACAGGCAUCUAGGACAAAAUGAUAAUUCCAGCCUUUUUAAGGAUGAUAAAAUAAACUUAAAGGGACACUAUAGUCACCAAGACAACGUUAACUUAACAAAGCAGUUUUAGUGUACACAGAUCAUGUCCAUGCAGUUUCACUGUUCAAUUCUCAGUUAAAUCACAUUGUUUAUGAAGCCCUAGUCACACCUCCUGCAUGUAACAUGCACAGCCUUCCUAAACACUUCAUGUCAAUAGUCAUCUAAUGUUUGAACUUCCUUGAUGGCAGAUUCUGUUUAAUUUAGAAUUUCUUAUCUCCUGCUCUGUUAAUAGCCUGCUAGGCCUUGCAGAAACCUCAUGUGUGUGAUUAAAGUUCAAUUUACAGAGCAGUUGAUAAAAACUUCUAAAGCAAGUUACCAUCUGAUUGAAAACUAAGCCAUUUUUCCAUGCCGGUUGUGUGAUUCACAGGCAGGGGUGGUUUAGUUAGGGCUGCAUAAACAGAAACAAAAGCGAUAUAACUGCUAAAUUGCAGAGAAUUGAGCAGUGAGACUGCAGAGGCAUGGUCUAAACACUAAAACUGCUUCAUUCAACCAAAGCAGUUUUGAUGCCUAUAGUAUCCCUUUAAACUAAUUUUUUUUUUUUUAAAUACUGUUGGGAUUAAGAAUGUACAUAGUCUUCACUUGCUCUGCUUUGAUUUAAAAUGAAAUAUCACACUAGGAUACCAAACCAAACAUCAAAAUUUGGAACUAAUGACAAUUCAGUUCAAAUCAGGGAGAACUUUAUCAAACUAAUUGUAAGGACAACUAAAAUAAGAAACACUCAGGAAUGAUAUUUAUAGUUAACAUUCAUACAUUAGUAAAUGUAUUAAUUACUUUUUAUCAAUGCUAAUGUUUGAUACACAUGAAAAAAACUUCAGUGAUUUUGAGCCUGGUGUGUCUCUCUAAUAUUGCCCUACCAAAAAGGUCUGCAUAACUUAUCUUUCAGGCAAGUCAAGCAAAUGUGAUAUUUUCAAAUCAGUAAGAUUAAAUCAGAAUUAAUCUUAAAUCUUUAUAGUGUGCUUUAUUUCCUAACCCAUAAAGCAUACCUUCAUCAGCUGCAGAACUCGCCUCUGCAGCAUAGAAAUAUACAUCCCCUCUUUGCCCAGCACUUACUUCCCUGUUUUUGCUGGGUAUUGUCCAAUCAAAUGAUUUUCAUAGGACAAAUCUCUAGUCCACUCUAGUCCACUACCAAUGUCUAAUUAUAGAUUGUUAAUUGAUCACUUAAUGAGUUUGUUUUACACUUUCACUCUGCUUUUGCCUAUAAAUGGUUGUUAUUUCUAGUGUGAUGUAGCUUGACAAAGACCCUUUCAGGGGUUGAAACGUUGUGUUGUCUCACUUGUCCAAAUAAACACAUUUGAAGAUGUGCCUGGAUCCUUUUUCUACCACUGAAAUCUCCAUUUCUCUUAUCAUAGAGAUGGAUAGUUGUAUUACGAAUUAGGGCACAUUAGAGUAAAAUUUUUACUUUUAACAGGAUUUAACACAUUCCUCCCUUCUUUUGCAGGAAAAGGUAAUUGGAUUCCACGUGCUGGCUCCAAAUGCUGGUGAAAUUACUCAAGGAUUUGCUGCUGCAAUAAAAUGUGGUCUCACGAAAGACCAAUUGGACUACACUAUAGGAAUCCAUCCAGUGUGUGCAGAGGUACGGACAAACUGUUAAUGUAAUGCUUAUUAAUUAAUUCUGUAAAUGCUGGCAUUGUCACAGACAUUUCACAUCACCAUCACUGACAUUAAUGUGCAUUAUGAGGGUUCUGUUCUUACAAAUAUGUACCUUUUGCACUUCCUGAAUAAUUAGCGUAUAAUUGGAAUUAUCGUUAUACCAGUUGUUCCAAAACCAGUCCUCAAGACGCCGCUAACAGUCCAGGAUUUAGGGACUACCCAGUUGUGUCAAAGUGUUUUUUUUUUGUUUGUUUGCUUUUUAAAACAUCUUAGACACAACUUGGUAAUCCCUAAAUCCUGGACUGGUAAAGGCGCCUUAAGGGACUGGUUUAGGAACCACUGCAUUACACUAUAGGUCUGAAAUCAUAUUUGCCAUUAUUUUUUUUGUUCCAAUAUGAGAAUAUAGUCUUUACACAUUCAUGGUAAGCCAAUUCUAUGUCCCUUAAAAAAAAAAUCUUUGCUGACUCAUACUUAUUAAAUCAUUGAGUUUCAUUUCAGUCAUCAUAUAAACAUCUUUAGAUACUUGAAGAUGUGUGAGCCGCAUCAGCUGUAAUCAAACCAGACUUAUCGGUAAAAAAAGCAUUAAGUAUGUGUGUGUGGGCCCAUAUUUUUAUGGCUAUCCGUGGCAUCCAAAAUGCUUGUGAAUUGCAUUUCCCACAAUGCUAAGUCAAUCUACAAGCUGGCUAAGCAUCAUGGGUAAUGUAGAUCAGUAAUAUCUAAGGUGCAAUUUCAGCCACCAAUACUGAAAAUCUAGCCAUAUCCAAGACUCCAAUAAGGUUGCCCCAAUAUGGCUGCCAUGUCCAUUAUGUUUUCUGGGGCACAUGCUAUUUAUACAUGUUGAUGGGCCGUGCCAAAAAAUGCCUGCCCUGUAGUAUAUAGAAUUCAAAUGCUGCAGGUGGGAAAUCACUAAAGGAUUAAGGCAUUCAGAAGCAUAUUAAUUCCUCAUACUGCAGAGUAGAACUUUAUGUUUUUUGCUUAUGAAAAUGUACAAGUGAGAGGAGAGGUGCCCAAGAAAAUACGGCAGAUUUGGCAAAGACCCCGAAACUAAAGAUUCAAUCUGAGAUCCUUCACAUGCAGUGUGAGAAAGCGUUAACGGUGUCAUUUCACUGACAGAGAGAGAAAAAAAAUUAUAGCAGCUCAGUUCCUCAUUAAAAAUCUGUGCUAUGUCUGCCGUCAGAAAAAGGAUAUGGCUUCUAAAUUAUAAAAUCCAUCCGUAAAAGAAAUUUGAAGAACAUUAAUUCUGGCUGCAGCAAUUUGUUGCUUUAUUGAAGGCUUUUCUGAGCAUUUGCUCUUUUUUUCAAGGUCAGAACCGACAUCUAAUAUGCUGACUUGUGAAAAGAACUUAGCUACAAAGUGCCUUGGGCCUACAUUUAUGAAAUGUGUCUGUAGAUUAGCACUGCUUAUUUCUCAUGGGUUCUACUUGGGAGCUAGGGAGUGCAAAAUGUUUUAACAUAAACUAAAUUCAGACCUCUGCACAGGAGUUAUGUGCAAAUACUCUGAAGUGGCAGUACUGAGAUAUCCAGUCCGGCCACUAGAGGGCAUUGUUCACAUAGGGCAAAACUUGUCUUAUUGGAGGAUGUUCGUUACACAUUAACUCGCUAACUUUAAAAGUGGACAAUGAAAUAGCAAGCAAAGAAGAAUGGUAUCUUGAAAAUGCAAUUUAUUUAGAGAAUUAUCUCAAUGAAGUGGUCUGGGUACCAUGUGCCCAAUCUGCAGAACUAGCAAUGUUUUCAUUGACAGUCACUAGAUGUACUUCUGCUCAGUCCAUCUGAUUGGCAUAACAUUUUGCCAUGCAUGCGAACUAGCCUCCCAUUGGGUUGGCUGAGAUAAUCGUAAACUCACAGGGGGCCCUAAGCAAUGACCAGGGCACUAUAGCGUUAGGAAUACACAUUUGUAAUCAUAAUGCUUAAGUGUUCCUUUAAGUUUUUACUGAUCUUAAACUUUACUAAUAAAUUAUAAAUUGGUAUUAGAUUAGCUCACUGUCACAGUUUUAUCUUCCCAAAGGAAAUAUUUUUGUGGCAGUGAUAUAUUUUGCACCAGUUCUGUUAACUAAAGCAGCUAUACCUGUGUUGUGAAUAGUAAUAACAUACCAAUAUUAACCCCUUAAGGACACAUGACAUGUGUGACAUGUCACGAUUCCCUUUUAUUCCAGAAGUUUGGUCCUUAAGGGGUUAACAUAUAGCAAUACCUCCCAUUUGUAUAACUACUUGAAGUCAUUACGACAUCCCUUUAUAAGAAGAAAACUAAUUUUCCAAUGUUUUUUAUGAAACAUUUUUGCUACUGAAAGUCACAUCAUUGCUCGGAGAGGGUUUAAAAGUAGAUACAUCAAAACUAGUCUAGCUGAAACAAAAUCUACAUAGACCUUGGGUGUAUGAGCUGUUAUUGAUGUGCCCACAAAAGAUUUCUUUGAUGCUGUUAAUUACACCGCUUUUGAUCAACCCUAGUUAGUCAUAUUUUCUGUAAUUAUUCUUUUACAAUUACACUUUUGUAUAAUGUAUAUUUUAUACGAUGCAGCAUGGCACCAUGCCUAAUUCUGUGUAUAUCCUUGAUAUCUGAACCACAACUACAUUUUAUACAUUGGACACAUUUUAUACUUUAUAAGUGUGGUUUCAUGCAGAAUGUUUUAAUGCAUGGAUAGUCAAACUUCGGCACUCCAGAUGUUGUGGACUACAAUCCCCCAUAAUGCUCUCAGACCCAUAAUGCUGGCAAAGAAUCAUGGGAGGUGUAGUCCAAAACAUCUUGAGUGCGAAAGGUUGCCUAUGCCUGUUAAUGGAUACUCUGUGAUUUUAUACAGUGGUUGGCACAAACCGGCAUUGCUUUGGUUUUAUGACAGUAUAUUCAAAUAAUAUAUGCAUUAAUUAGUCUCCGCUCUCCAUAAAAUUUUUACCUUUCCAUUUAAAAAUAUCUAAUUAUACAACAUUUCCUUAUUGUCUCUCUUUUUCAGAUAUUCACCACCUUAACUGUGACGAAGCGAUCUGGUGGCAACAUUCUUCAAUCUGGUUGCUGAGGUUAAACCCUGCUGUUUGUCUUGUUUUGCCAUUGUGUUGAAAGGGGGAAAAAAGAUCAAGUCAAAGUCAAUAUGCAUUUACAAAAUGGACCAAUAGACGGUGGUUUGUCAUCACAAACUCGAAGAUGGCUCCCUUUCUCAUGGCAACUUACAACACAGCGGGGUUACAGCACAAUAAACUGAUGCAGGACACCUUCUUGGAGGUUUUAUGAAGUCACAAUCCAAAGCCAAAUCUGGUGGAUAACGACCGACAAACUGCUCACUCAGUUUAUAAACAUUGACGAAGAGGUUUUCUUUAACACACUUUUGUAUGAAGAUGAUGAUCUAAAUAGAAGUUCUACUUGUAGAGUUUACACUUAUGUUUUUAUACUGUGAAAAAGUUUAUUGAGCAAGUUUACACAAGAGCAGUGGUUAUCAAAACACAAGUCCUAUAGUCUGGUUGAGCAUCAAGAAGAAUCUGGUUCCAAAAUAUCUGGAGUGCCGUAAUCUUUAAUCAAUCAUGUCUGUGAUGGCUUCACCUGUGGCAAUAGUCAACAGAUGACUAUCCAGAGAUCUUUCAAUUUCCUCUCCAAUGAUCCUAGUUGUUAAGGAACAGUUUCCAAAUGUUUAGUAUUUAUCAAAGGCCAGACUGUCUCUUUGACUCUUUGCUGCCUAAAGGACUAUUUUGAGAGACGCUGCAUAAGAGGACUACUAAAAUAUUGGUAUAAUUAUUUUAUUUCUAAAGUAGACUUAAUUUAUUUCUGAAAUGUAAAUGAAGAGAUUAAAUGAUUGAAUUGACAACACUCUUGCAAAAUUUAUGCCACAAUUGACAUGCUGUGACUAUAGUGGAGUUUAAGGUUUUUUCCAAAUCUGCUAUUGUUGCCAAAGUUUUGCAACUCUGUUUUCAGUUCUCUACAAUUCACAGUUUAGUGAAUAAAUUCCAUUAUGUAAUGGAAAACUAGUUUGUUUUUUAAAUAUAUAAAUUAGUAGUAUAAUAUGACAAUACUACCACGUUCAGUAAAAAUAAUAUGUAUUAAUGUAUUAAAUAAAU